AGGGGGGGGGAGCCGCCUUCCGCACGUCCCGAACGAGCCGCGCAACGAGCUUCCGCUCGCUUUACUCCGCCUGAUCCCCUCGGCGAGAAGCGUCAGUAGCCGGGCGGGGAGGGAAAGGAAAGGUGUGGGAGGGCGGCGCGCCUCCCUUCGACGCCCUCGCCCGCUGUCUCUCCCCCUCCCCCCCCGCGCCACCGCGCCGCCUUAGUCCGGCCCUGCCCCGCGCCGAGGUUUCCCUUUGCCCUGAGGGACUGCGCUGUGCUGCUCUCGCUUCGCGCCGGAGAGGCAGAGCCGGCGGCCGGAGGAGCUGGGCGUCGGGAGGCGCCCGCAGCGACGCCGCCAGCGGCAGCGGCAGCCCGAAGCCCGGGCCAUGAGGAGCCGCCGUGACUCUCUGGCGACUCCGCGCGACUCCCUCGCCGCCGCGGCCCCGGGGGAUGCCCUCUAGGCGCGAGGAUGAGGCAGAGCAGGGGGCAGCGGAUGGUCCUGGCCACUUGCCUGGGCUCUCUGCUCCUCGUCGUCUUCUACUUCCAGAGCAGCUCCAACCCAGGUGAGUUAAACAUUCACCCCGCAGGCAAAGGUCCUCGUCCCGGCCCCGCUCGCCCGCCCUCCGCCGACGCACCUCGGCGCUUCCCUUCUCAAGGCGUCUUUUCUGCUCCCCUCGCGCUCUCUCAAGUUGGGGCUUUGCUGGGUGUUUGGUCUUCCCAGCAAACUUCGGUAGCUGCUGCUCUUUUAAGGUGACUCUUUCUAAAAGUCAUCUUGGCAGCAGCAAACCCAAGAGUGCAAACCUGGCAGCGCCGCUGUAACGGGGUCUACUCGGAAGUAAGUCUCAGUGAAGGCAAUGGGACUUACUCCCGAGCAUAUGUGGAAGUAGGAUAGUAGCCGUGUUUAUUUUGUUCAACUUUUGAGACCACUUUCUCGACCGCUUCUCCAAGCGGUUGACAGAAGGAAACCUAACUCCGGAAUGAAAUCAUUAACAUUUAAAAUCCAUUUCCAUCCAAGGUGCUCACACCAGCAUGCCAUGAAAUAAAAGAAAAUUAGCCCAGCUAGCUUGAAAACAAGAUCCAAGUUGUAAUUUAAUAUUAAUUAGCUUCCAAAGGCCAUGAUAAACAAUUAACAUUUUAAGGGCUAUAUUUAGGUUAAAUGUGUAGGGUUGCCUCCUAACACAGCUUCCUUUCUGGAAAUUGUUGUCCUAUAGUUGUCUGAGAGAAGCAAGCUGCCCAUUAAAAAGAGAGGAGAUGACUGAAUGUAAUGUCAGGGUGUGUUUUUUUUAAUUAAUGAGUCUGUCAGUCAGCUGCUGGUUUGUUUUUAAAAUGGUACUCUUAAAGGUGGGUUUAAAACAGGAGCAGGUCAAUAAAAAAUGGUGCAAUUCAGUCUUUAUUCCUGUGCAUGCCUAGUUGUGUGUUAAGUCCCAUUGAACUCAAUGAGAAAACAUAGGAUUGGAUUUACACAGUAGCUUUGAAAAAUAGAGUAGCUGAGCAAUGCCCCAAACAUUUUCAGUAACUUCAGUACAUUUAAGCCCACUGAUUUCAGUGGAAAAUACUUAAGUGUGGGAUUCACUUUCAUCCUGAGUCAAUGAAGAACAGGAGGUCAAUACCCGGAGAAGGCCUUUUUAUGGUGUGAAGAUAGAAAAGAAGCUUCCUUACACUGAGUCAGCCAAUUGGUCUAUCUAGUUCAGUAUUGUCUACACUGACUGGCAGAAGCUCUCAAGGGUUUCAGACAGGAAUUUCUCUGAGCCCUACCUGGAGAUGCUGAGGAAUGAAUCUGUGACCUUCUGCUUACAAGGCAAAUGUUCUACCACUGAGCCAUAGCCUUUCCUCAAGUGGUUUCUAGGUAGGCCUUCCUGGGCAGUGAGUUUGAGAGUGUAGAGGUUGCUGUGGGGUAAGUCUUCAUUCCAGGUCCUACUUAACUUCCCUGGAUAAACAGAGGAUCACAGAGGAAUGCAAAUGUGCUGACUCCUCUUAACUUAAGUGGGCCUUCAGUGUUUUUUGUUGGAACAUACUUCCAAGUAAAUUUAUGAGCAUCACAGCCUUGGAGGAUCGGAGUCCUAAGUCCAGAUUUCACUGAAAAAAAGAUGAAUAUGAAGCAACUCUAGAUCUGUGAGAUUAGUCGUGCCUUCUUUUUGUGGAAACAUUCAGUCAGGUAUGUGCUGAAUUUUCUGAACCGCAGCAUGGGUGCAUCUUAACGCCCGGUACGUAAAAAAAACUUUAGUAAGCAAAUACCAACUUGCUGGAAAAUCCUUCUUAAGUGGAAUCAAAGAAACAGCCCAGGGCAACUCACUCUGAGAUAUUACAUAUUUUCUAGCUAAGAUCAUGUUCUUCAUCAAUGCACAUUUUUGCAGUGGGUUGUGACACACAGAGUAUGCUUACUGCAAACAAAACUGUGUUUUAAAGCUGGUCUUGGCAUGGGUUCCAGUGUGAUGCAGUGCAUCUGUAGCAGAGAUGGAACUGACCGUGUGUUUCCUCAGGUAUCCCGCAGAAUUCAGUGGUGCUUACUCACAGGUAGCAGGUAAAGGAUAUCAGAGUGGCUUUGUGCCUGCUGCUUUUCAGCUUCUAUCCUAGCAGGGUGUUGCUCCUCCUCACAAAGAGUGGUAUCUACUUCAUAGCUAUUUUCACCAACUUGCUUCCCUUUAGUGCUGAACUACUUCUGGUGGUGGAGAGCAGCACACAGUAACAAAAUGGUGCAAGUGAGAAAGCACACAUAUGUAUUCAAGUUGAAUGGUUCUAAAAUAGAGGUAGUUUCUGAACUCUCUGUGCAUAUAUACAUCAGUGGGCUAAAACAUGUUUUUAUAGAAAGGUUACCAGAUGUCCCCAUUUCCCGGGGACAGUCCUCGGAUUUACAAAUCAGUCCCCUGACAAAAUCCAUCCAUUUAGUAGGGAGUUGAAAAGUGUCGCUGGAUUCAUUGAAAAAAAUCUGGUAACCUUAUUUUAUAGUGACCUGAUAAUGCUAUAUCUAGCAGAUUAUUAGCCAUAGCAUCAGCCACCUCUUUGGCCAGUGUUGGUAGAUUGAAUCCUGAAGCUUCCAGCAGGGCUAUAGGGAGAGAAAAUGCAUGGGAAGUCCUUUCAGUGUGGAGAGCGGUCCCCAUUCCAUUCCCCACUGAGAAUGAAUCUUCUCCAUCCCACAAUAGCUCAUUGGCCAUACUGCAAUUCAUCCCAUUGGAUGAGGUUUUACCCCUUCAGGAACAUGCACACAGCACACUUCUGGAGCUGGGAGUCUGCACACAGAAAUGUAUUUCACACAUGUUUGACCUUGGCUGCAUCUGACUUCAGCAGAACAAUUUGGAACCAGUGUAAAUUCACACCCUGUAUUUAUGUUCUGAGGCCUGGGACAGAAGUCGUCCUUGAGAUGGGUGCAGUCCAGGUCACUUUUAGCACAUGUUCAGAAGCACUAACCUACUCUACUCUGUCUGUUACAUUGCUUUCAAUAAGGCUUAAGCACAGCGCAUCUUCUGUGUGUGCACUCAGGGGUAAGUCCCAUUGAGUUUAAUGGAGCUUGUUCCCAGAUAAGUGUGUAUAAAAUUGCAGCCCUAUUUUUUUAUUUUUUUUAAGGAGGGCUAAAGGCUAUAUGACUAGAAGCAGGCGUUUCAGUGAAUUAGGGUUUAACUUCUUUGACUCCUGCUAUAUUUAAUGAGCUAUUUCAAGAUGUUCUCUGGCUGUUUUAUGAAGGCAGCAAUUUCUCUUGUGUAAUGAAAGCAUAGAUCUUUUCUUUUCUGGAAAGUCACGGCCCAAGAAUUCAGAUGAUGGAUGAUGAGGCUGUCAGCAGCGAAUAAACUCUCACAGAGGGCCCACUUGAAUUAAAAACUGAGUCAAAUUCUGUGGCCAGUGAAUUGAUAGAUUAAUCUCCAAAUUAAUGUUUUCAGUUGAACAGCCAAACAAUGCGAAGCCAAUAAGAGUUAUAAUUUUCUUGCAUGUUUCCUGCACCUUUACUAGAAAGUAUGUUGCUUAUUAUUUUCAGAGAAACAUGCAUGCAUAAUGCUUAUGAUUCAACAAUAUGCCUGGGUCCUGCAUGGCACUCUCAGCCACCGUUAAUUUGACCUAAAUGUUCACAGAUUUGUUUUUUACCAUGAUGGAUGAAAGGUGGCAUUUCCAUUUAUUUUAAAUUUAUUUGUUUGCAUUUAUCUUUAACAGUUAUUUAAGAAGUUUGUGGAAGGUGAUAAAUAAUGUUGUUGAAGUAAAGAGAGCUCCAAUUCAUGACAUGACUUUGUUUUUUAAUGAAAAGAUAAAGAAUUCUGCAAGCCACUUCCCAGGAGGUUUAAAGAUAAACAGAAGUACCCAUUUGAGGGAAGGGAAAGCUACUGUGAUGAAAUAAAAUGGUGCAGUUGAUGUGGUGCAACUGUGAUGAAAUAAAAUGAUGCAGUUGAUGAGAGCCAGUGUGGUGUAGUGGUUAAGAGUGGUGGACUUAUAAUCUGGUGAACCGGGUUCGAUUCCUUGCUCCUCCACAUGCAGCUGCUGGGUGACCUUGGGCUAGUCACACUUCUCUGAAGUCUCUCAGCCUCACUCACCUCACAGAGUGUUUGUUGUGGGGGAGGAAGGGAAAAGGAGAUUGUUAGCUGCUUUGAGACUCCUUAGGGUAGUGAUAAAUCGGGAUAUCAAAUCCAAACUUCUUCUUCUUCUUCAGAGUGUAUGGAGGAAGUUGAAUGAAUAGUAAGGGUGAGCGAUAUAUCAAUAUUUCAUCCCAAACUGGUUUGAAGUCCAUAUUGUGAUAUUGGUUUUAUAAUUUUUGACCCAGCAAUAUAUCGUGAAUCAUGAUGUGUGUCUGUGUAUGCUAUUCAAAAAUCACAAUGUGGGGGAAAACUAUGAAGCCAGCCAAUGCUUCUCUUGAUUGCUGCAGCCUCUAUUAAUUCUGCCAGCUCAGCUGUCCCCUGUCUCAUGCAGGGGGCAGCGAAUCACAAGAGCAGGUGCCAGCAAAAUUCAUGAUGCAGGGAAAACCGUGAAGCCUCUACAUAGCUCCAUCCUUAUUUGAGACAUCAUGAUAUAUUGGUAUAUUGUGAUGUUUUGCUGAUGAUAUAUCACAAUGUUGAAAACCAGAUAUCACCCAGCCGUAAUGGAUAGUGGUGAAUAACUAAGUUGGUUCAUGUUUGCUUCUGAGUCUUUUGGAGGAUAGAAGACUUGUCCCGAUCCCAGACACAGGUGUAGAUCAGCUGUGUUAUAUUAGUGCCAUCAAGGCCCUUGCUUGCUCCAAAACCAGGCUGCAGGGAUAUGACAACACUGGGGGAACUACACUUUGGAUCCUGACAGUCUGGGUGUGGCAGCGUAGGCCAACUGAUCUGUAUAAGAGCUUUCUGGGAGAGGCAUCUUGCCAGCUAGGCUAACCUUCACCUGCUCCUGAUUUUCAUGUUCAUGUCUUGCAGAACGUUCGUGUGCAUUUCUAACCUGAAACUGAGCCUUGCAGCAUUUUUGGAGAGGCAGACUUUGGAGUCCCUCUCAGUUUUCCUCCUAUGUAUGUUCUCUUGCCUCUGACCUUGCUUUCUCUCAUCCAUGCUGUUGUUGUUGUACCUAACUAGUUAUCUGAAAUGUCCACACAUUUUGAAAGUCGGUGGUUUGCCGCUUGACAUAUUUUCAGUUAAAAUAUCAGGAAGUCUUCACCUGGGGAAAAAAAAGUUUGGUGCUUUUAUUUCAGCUAGUUUUUAAAACGACACACUCUUUGUCAUUUCAGAUAGCAGAAGUUGCUACUUUUGAGCUGAGGAAAUUCUUGUCUGCUUUUGGUUUCUUUAAUACCACAAAGGGGGGGGGGGAUUAAAGAACAAAGUGAACCUGUCACACAUUUCCUGUCAAGCUUCUUGCAUUCACUUCCUUUUAAAGUUGUCUCAUUUGUUUUUAAAAAUAUUGUUAAGUUUAUUUGGGUAAACCUGAUUUGGAUAGAAAGGCUGAAUGUAGAAUUUCCCAUUGAGUGUGAACAUAAUUUAUGGGGCAUUGCUAUUGGGGGGUGGGCAGGCCAGCAAGGUUUUUAGUAGGCAGUAACUAUCAUUUACAAGCUUUAAAAAAACUCACUCAGCCGUGUGCAGCAUAGAAUUGUCCACUAAGUGUGUGUGUGUGUGUGUGUGUGUGUGUGUGUGUGACAUUUACUAUAUAUUACUGUAUAUUAAGAACCUCAGAAGAGCUUGCUGGAUCAGACCAGUAGCCCAUCCAGGCCAGCAUCCUCUUAUUAUAGUGGCACACCAGAUGCACUCUCCCUUCCUGCUGUUUCUAGUAGCUGGUAUCCAAAAGCGCACUGUUUGUGGCAGUGAAGGUAGAACAUAGCCAUCAUGGCUAGCAGCCAUUGGUAGCCUCGACCUUCACGUAUUUGUCUAAGCCCCUUUUAAGGCCAUGCAUGUUGGUGGCUGCCAUUAUCUCCUGUGGAAGCAACUUUCAUAAUUUAACAGUGUGAAGAAGUACUUUAUUUUGUCUGUCCUGAAUCUACCGAUGCUCAGCUUCAUUAGCUGUCCCCCACCAGUCCUAGUGUCAUGAGAGAAUGAGAAAAACUAUUCUGUAUCCAUUUUCCCAAUGCUACGCAUACACUUACUGUGCUUCUAUCAUAUCACAUCUUACUCACCUCUCCUCUAAAUUAAAAUGCCCCAAAUGCUGUAACUUUUCCUCAUGGGGGAGUUGCCCCAUUCCCUUGAUCAGUUAAUAAAAGGUAAAAAAUGGUAAAGGACCCCUGACAGUUAAGUCCAGUCGCAGACAACUCUGGGAUUGCGGUGCUCAUCUCGCUUUACAGGCCAAGGGUGUUUGUCUACAGACAGUUUUUCUGGGUCAUGUGGCCAGCAUGACUAAGCCGCUUCUGGUGCAACGGAACACUGAAACCAGAGCAGUGCACGGAAACACCGUUUACCUUCCCGCUGGAGCUGUACCUAUUUAUCUACUUGUACUUUUUUGGGCGUGCAGGAGCUGGGACUGAGCAGCGGGAGCUCACCCCGUCACGGGGAUUUUAACUGCAGACCUUCUGAUCGGCAAGCCCAAGAGGCUCAGUGGUUUAGAUCACAGUGCCACCCACAUCCCUUUGAUCAGUUAAUAAACAAUACACCAAUUCCAAGUUGUAGACAAACCAUUAGCCACCAGCCAGGGCUAUUAACGUAUAGAGAAGAAGCUAAGCAGCAAUUUCUGUGCACUGGACAGACACAGCUUUUCUGGGAACGUUGCAGGAAACUGCUCCACCCACUAAUCUGUUUAGGGCUCUGCCCUGCCUUGCUGCAGAUGGCUUUAAGCCCAGAAUCUCCUGACUAGCAACCUGACUCUUUGAUCUGAAGAGUGCCCAAUCCUAUGGAGUGAGUCUGCUAAUGAAAUUCUGCAGUCCUGGCUUUUGUUAUUUUGCAGUGGGGCAACAACUGAGACAUGUGAGGGUCAUAACCAAGAGGUAGGGAAGCCCUUCUGGUGUGAAAUGCUCUGAGGAAACAAUGCGCUUGAGUCUCCUCUCUCUCUGAGCUCAAUCCCAGCUGUGCCUGUUUGAAAAUGCAAAACAUGAAACUAAACAGAGAGGCAGGGCUCUCUUUAUCAGUUAAUUAUGUCUACAGCAGUUUUUCCACAGAGUUUCACCCUUCAGAUAAUUUGUAGGAAGGAUGUGGCUCUCUCCUGCGGCAUCACUACAGAGGCUGACAGCAUCAGUGAGGUGCCAUUGAGUGAUUGGGGGCAGUUUACACUGUUGCCUUUCAAUUCUGAUACAAAAUGGAUAAGAUUAAAAAGUGGUUAAAAUGUUUGCAAAGCUAGAUAAAUUCAAUAGGCUGCAGAAUGAUAUCCCACCAGCCCCAGAGGUUGGGCGCCAUUUCUAAAUGUGUUGUUUGUGCAUCUGUUUCAUGGUGUGCAUGGCUGAUAAUGCUAGCAGAUGUUGAGAGUGCAGAUUCCUGUCAGUUGCAGCAAGUGUGACCACUCUAGUCCAGCAACCUCCAGAGGUCAGCCCCUGAACUUCUUCAAAAUCAGGAUAUUUGUAUAUAGGAUUCUGUUGCACAUGGGCUAUUUAGGUCGUGAGUGCAUGGAUUUCAAGCUUGCAAGAUCUACUUUGUUUUUGUUUGCUAGUUUUGUUAGAGAGGCAUACCUGCUGGAGCAGGUUCACAGUGGGAGAAUAGUAGUUUGGGAAAGAAACCAGAUACAAAAUGGUGGCUCAUGGGGUGGAGCCAGUUACCUAUAACAGCACAUGAACCAGAUAUGGGGAUAAACUGAAUACUGUAUGAAAAUUCCAAUCUCACAACUUGAGCCUUUUUUCUCUUGUUGUUCAUAAACGAUUGGACAUCAGCAACACUUUCUGAUCUACUGCAAUUCAUCCAGCAUUCUGCCUGCAGCUGCCAAUGUACCUUGUGCCCAAACCUGGCUUAAGGGUUUUGCCAGUCAAACGCAUUCACCCUAGUCACUUGCUCUCUGCACCUAGAACAACUGUGUGGAGAAGGAGGGAGCAAGACCAUGCCACAUUGGGUCUGGCCCUGAUUCUGCAGGUGUUUCUGUACCUCUGGACAACUCUAUAUCUGCUUAGCUGACCACUGUUUUCCUCAAGAAUAUGAUUGGAAGUACAGCCCCAUGGUGAAAGAAUGACCUCUGUCCAAAUUCAUUGUUGUUUGCACUCAGCUGUGCAUUUUUAUUAUCGUGCCCAUCUUUUAAAUAUGUAAUUUCCUAUUAAGAUAAGGAGUAAGAGGCUAAACAAAGAGAGGUUAUUUGGGAUAAUUACUUAUCCACCAGUAGCAACUAACCCUUUGUUAUAGUGUGAGGUUUUUUUACAAACACACACACACACACACACACACACACACACACAUGUUAAAGUUUCCAUUGAUCAAGGCCAUUGCAAGAGUGUAGAAAAUAUUCUAUGUAAAUUAGCCAUAUUAGUUCUCUGCUUAUGAUAUCCUUAGCUUCUGAUUGUUGAGAGUCAAAUGAGCAAUCUAACUUCUUAUGACAUGUGCAUGUGCAAACACACACACACACACACACACACACACAUGAGAAAGAGAGAGAGAGAGAGAGGGAGAGGGAGCUUCCCAGGAAGCCAUUGCACUGACUGCCGCAUACCUGAUUCUGAGAUGCAAUGGUGGGCAAAGGAUUUCUUAACCCUUCUCCAGCGGCUGCACACAUUCCAGUGCUUCUUGCUGGAAGGUAAGCCCACCACUAACCUUUCCUCCUGCAGAUGUUCUAUACAAAUACUAACAAGAUCCCCUUGCAGAAACGCAGCCCACAUAUUAAUUUUGGUUACUAUUCUUAUCUUAGUUUCUGCAUGGCAGGGAAUUCUCAGUGGGUCACUCCCCACAAGUUAUAAAACUGCCUCCCAUAUGAGUUUUGGUUGUUCUCAUUUAGGUACCAGGUGAAAAGUUUUUUUCUGUUUACUUAGGUCUUUGGAAUGUAACCCACCAUUUUGCUAAUGCUGCUGUUUUGUAUACGGGCACUUCUGGACGACCUGUUUGUUGAGCAUUUAUCCUGACUUGUUUGCAGGGAGAUUAGAUGAAGUUGACUGUUUAAUGAGUGUUAAUUCCGAUUUGCUUUGCAUGGAGGUUAGAUGACGAUGAGUCAAAGCAAGUGUCAUCCCACAUGUUCCCCUGUCUUUUCCUUUCACUUCCCCUAUUGCAAGAAGUCUGGUCCUUGGGGGAAAUGGGUUUCUUGGGCAAGACCUCUUAAUCAACUAGAAUUGGGUGAGCCAAGUUUGCCAUUAAGAGAUUAAAGAUUGUGAUAGUCUUUAAUGUUGUAGUCAAUGUUUUGUUUUUUAAAAAUAUUGCUGUGUUAUAUACAGUUGCAAAGCUGCAUGCUCUAACACCGGGGGCGGAAAGCAGGUGGGGGUGUGGCUGGCGUGCAUCCUGGGGGUAUGGCACAUCGCCCACAGAGGGGGUGUGUGUGCAUCCCAGGGGUGUGACAUGCUGCCUGCGGGGAUGUGGCGUGGCUUGUGUCCUGGGGCGUGGCGCCCAGUGCGAUGGGGGGGUGCAGUGCAUGUCCGGGGUAGCAGCUGCAAUGGUACCCCCUCCCCUAUGGUGCCGGGGGCGGUGCGCUCCCCCCACCCUCUAUUCCUCCACCAGUGGUUAUAUAGCUUGCUGCUCUGUGCUCUCAUUGGGAGGAAGGAUGGGGCUGAAGCACAAGGAGAGAAUGAAUGAAUGAAUGAUUGCAGGCAGCUGGGAGGACUUGGGUCUUUGGCAACUGGCGGAUAUAUAAGCAUAUCUGGUUCAACAACAGUGAUGGAACAGAUUUCACUUUGCCUGUGACAAGUAGGCAGAAGUGCAAAACUCUGAGAGGCCCUCUUUUUCUUUACUUCUUCAAACUCAAUUGUUUCAGCUGCAGACCUUUUGUCAGCUUAGCUUCCCAUAUGCGUGUAAUGUGAGAGGCUGUUGCUAGAGAGAGGGGGAAGAGAGAAGGGCUGUGCUGAAUGAAGGUCCUCGUGUCAGCAGAAACUGCAACGCUGGAUAACACAUGUUGGAAUUUCAUUUCUGCAGAGACCACAGCUUCCUUCAGCGUUGAACAAUAGGGGUGCAGUAGAGGCUUAGCGAUCGAUCCCAUCCCUGUAUGCAUGUGGCCUGGACCACGACUACUUUGCACGCGGCAUGAGGAAAGGGCCAUAGCUUAGUGCAUGGGUAGGCAAACUAAGGCCCGGGGGCCAGAUCCGGCCCAAUCACCUUCUAAAUCUGGCCCGCAGAUGGUCAGGGAGUCAGCGUGUUUUUACAUGAGUAGAAUGUGUCCUUUUAUUUAAAAUGCAUCUCUGGGUUAUUUGUGGGGCAUAGGAAUUUGUUUAUUUUUUUCCAAAAUAUAGUCCAGCCCCCCACAAGCUCUGAUGGACAGUGGACCGGCCCCUUGCUGAAAAAGUUUGCUGACCCCCGGCUUAGUGGCAGAGCACAUCCGUUGCAUGUGCAAGAUACCAGAUUCAGUCAUUCUCCUGCCCACCCCACAAAUUACCUUCCAUGUCUGUAGAAGGGGUUAUGAAUAAGAAAUGCAGGUAGGGAUCCAAAACUUUUUAAAAAAUUAAAAAUCCCAUCUUCCUUUUUUUAUCAUUAGUUUUUGCUUGAUUCUGAGUUUUCGGUUCUGGCAGAUUAGAACGGCUUGAUGCUGGUGCUUCCUGUCCAGUCUACUGCACCUCCCUUUCCCACCUCCAAGUUCCAAACAUGCCCAUACAUAUCCUGCAAUCCAAAGGACUUCUCUCUUCCAUUUUUUGCUUCCAGUGUUUCCUUAGGUACAACUUGAGCAACGGUUUCUUUAGAUGUCCUGCUCUCCCAGCAGUAACAGAGCUUUUCUCCCUUUAUGCAUCUCAGCUGGCUGCUUCGUUGGUUCUUCUCUUGGCUUCUGUAAGAGAGUGAGUAGCUGAGGGGAAACGUUCUGCAAAAGCCUCUGCUCACGUUGGGGAGGAGAGGGUUACAGAUUUCUUAGUGUCUUGGCUUAACUGGGGUGAAGCUGGUCAGUGGACAGAGCUAAAAGUGCUGGCCUUCCAACUUUUUGCUCAGUCCCAAAUAUGGCCCCUUGUAUUUUAUUACAUUUUUUAUUUUUAUUUUUAAAUUGUUGCUGAUCAGCAGCCUUUAUUGGAAAUGACUUUCUAUUUGGAGCUGUUAUAGCUGGAGGAUUGCUUGGCAUGGACGUCCUAGCUGUCUGUCGGCCUUUCUAUUUUAGCAUUGCAAAUAUUGAAGCAAGCAAGCGGGUUUGUUUUUCCGUGUGCAUUUCUCUCUCCACAUGUUCCGUUUGCAGUGGCAGCUAGAACUGUGCUGUCUUGUUGCAGUGUUUGGGGUGGGUUUGAAGCUUCUCUAAACCUCACAUCCUUCCCUCUUGCAAGACUUCUUUGCACCUCGCAAAGCCUGGAAAGCUGCUCAGCCAGCAGGACUUCGGAAAACACUUGGAGAGGUCCAUGAAUUAGCUUUGCACAUUCACUAGACCCUUGUUUUGACUCUCUGGCCCAUGCUAUUUGACUCUGAAAAAAGGAGCAGUUGUAAGGAAUCUACAUUUCACCGUGAUUGCACUUAUACUCAGGGACCCCCUGACAGGAGCCAGUUUUAGGCACCUGCUAAGAACUCUCUCUCUCUCUCUCUCUCUCUCUCUCUCUCUCUCUCUGUGUGUGUGUGUGUGUGUGUGUUUAGGCAAGCCCUCAAAGACAUGUAAAGCUGUAGUUUCAUUUUAUAAUGUGUAUUUUAAAUUGCUGGUUUUACUUAUAUUUUGAUUUUUUUUAAAAAAAAUUAAACUUGUUUCGACUUCUGCUAAUAAUUUGAACGUAUAUUUUAAAUUUUAGGUAUACAGAUUAAGGGUUUUUAAUAACAAAGUAAAAGAAUAAGAUGCUCCUUAAUUCCUGCAACAGCUGACCUACCCUAGCUAGAUAAACAGGGCUGGCCCUUAGAAUGGCCACUGGCUGACUACAAGAUGGUGUGAGGUUGUAGCAUCUCUUCCCUCCCCUCCCUCCAAGAUGCCACUGGAUUCUUCUGUUUUGAGAUUGCAGGGAUCAGGUGAUAAGCAUCCUCUUGCAGUUGAUUGUUCUAAGUCAGGGUAGCUAAUGUGCCACCCUGCAGAUGUUGUUGGCUUUCAACUCCCAUCAUCCUUGACCAUUAACCUUUCUGGUAAGGGCUGAUGGGAGCUGUAGUUCAAUGGCACCUGGAGGGUGUCACAGUGGCCACCCCUGCUCUAAGGCAAAGAUGGAGACCCUGUGGCUCUCCAGGUGUUGUUGGGCAACUUCAAGGCCCCUCCUGCUCUCUCUUCUUAGGGUUAUUUAACUCAGUUUGGACUGAACAGCCAUUCAAGAUAGAGCAUAUCUCCAAACAAAGGACUCUCCUCUGCAUAGUAGGGCACAUGGCCACCCUGUCUGCAUCCUGAAGCUCAAGGAGAAUAUUCUACAUUUCCCCAGCUGAGUACCCCCCUCCUGUUAUUUUCCUUUAUUUAAUUUUUAAUUAUUGGUAUUAUUCACAGAAACCUACAAAGAGCAUAAAUAAAAUUCCGUUCUAGAGACUAGCAAGCACAGCAAACAGCAAUGCAGUUUGUUAGCAAUCCCUCUCAUACUCCUUCUCCAAACAAUUCCAAUUCCCGGGAUUCCCUGUGCGGAAGAAGGAACCAUGACACUACUUAGUCAUUUUAACAAGCAGUCUCAUCUCCGCUUCAAAUGCAGCGAAGUCUUUGUGAUUCACUCAACCCAAAGGGAAUGAAGAUACGCUGGGAAGAUGUGGAAAAGAUAGGCCUCUAUCUUCAUUCUCCCAUCAUCUGGUUGCUGUACCGUGGGCUGGAAUUUAUCAGUUCCAGAUGUGGAACUGGCAGCCUCUCUAGAAACAAGCCAACCAGGCUUGCUCAGCCCUCUGAGGAACGCCAGGCUGUGAGCAAUACAUUAUCAGGGGAAAUGUGUUUCUCCCACUUGUGCGUGUGACCUUGGGAGUUCCUUGAAUUAAUUUGGUGAUGUAUGAAAGCAGUAACAUGAAUGAAUUGUGCAGUUGUUAGAGGAGAGGCAGGUGGGUCACAUUUUACUCUGGAGGACUCAAAGGAUUGAAUGCCUGAACACAACCUGCAUUUGAGGCUGGGAUAAGAGAGUAAAAGAACAUGGAACAGAAUUUGAAUUAUUGUGGAAAGCUCUCAGAUCCAAGAUAGUCCAAGACUAGAUCCUCUGGACAGAGGCCAGCUUUUUGUGCUGAGUCUGUGGAAAAACAGCUUGCUGUACAAUUGCAUGUGGGUCUCUGGCAUUGCCUUUGUGGAAAACCUUCUUCUCUGUUGUAUCCAGACCAAAGUUUGUUGCUUUCUCUCCAUACCUCCACCUUGCCUCCACUGGCAGCCUUGGUAUUUUUGGCACCAACACAUCCAAAAGCCAUGUCACAAAGGAAGCAUACUUACUUAAGCAUUUGUGGGUUGAGCAUGCUGUGCCGCUCUCUUCCAUAUGCUGCUGAUUCCAUCCAUGGCCAAGCAGCUCUUCGGGGAUUUAAUGCAGAAGGCCAGUUUUUGGAGAUCACCCUGUAGCUUGGUAAGCAGGAGGGACUCUUUCAAUAUCACAGAUGUUGAUACAACCAUUAAAAAACCCCCAGAGAUGCAAAAUAGCUUCUUAUUGUGGGCUGGUUCAAUGCACCAAGUCCUCUGUCAAGUGCUGGAUGAGGAAAGCAAAACAUAAACAAUAAUGAAGUCCUUCUGCAUCCACACCUGGUGAUAGGGCACCUUGCUGCUCUGGGGACAAAGAUGGACUUUGUCUUGAUUUGGUUGAGUGGAUUCCAGGUGGUCUGCUCUUGCAUCUUCUGUUCUGGAAUUCUGGCAGGCUUUUGUGACAGGUCUCUGGAUUUUUCAGUUCAAGAUUUAUAGCAGGUUUAAACCUUCAACUCUGAUAUAUCUCCCCUUACUUUCAGGCCAUUUGGCUAGAACGAUAUGUUUGUAUCCCAUAAUGAGAAACAGUGAAAGUGGUUUGCAGGCGCACUGGCAAAAGUGCUGACUUGGCUCUGUACACGUCUUUGGGACUUCCUUUUGGAGGCCAGGUGUGCAUGCAUCCAGGUAACUAGUACUGAUGGCUUGGAAACUGGAGUCUCCUUUAACCAACAGCAACAUGUGCUUCGUUCUCAGUGAGGUAGUAAACCUGUUUUCAGGCUGAAUCACUUCAUACUGCAGGUGGGGACUUGUACGCAUUUGAGUGCUCUCCAUAAAGUAAUAAUAAUAAUAUCCUGCAUGUACUAUUAUUCAGUGAUCUAUGAUUAGACUUAAGGCUAUCUCAUGUUGGUUCAAGCUCUACAGAGCCAGGAAAUGGGAAGCUAAGGUCAAUGCUUUAACAGACAUGAUCAAUGAUGUUGUGCAAUGUCAUAGGUUGUGCUUGCUUACAACUUGGCUCUCCAUAAGCCAACACUUUCCCUUUGUCUUUUAAGUCCAAAUCCAGGCGUGGAGGGAGAAAAAACCUCGCGAUGUCUUGUAUUGCCUUAUGAAAUGUUUGAGUGUUGCUUGAGGGAUCCUCCCGCGAGUUUGACCCAUGCGGCUUCGUUGCUUAUGUUAGUAGCCAUCAGAAUGGGUUAAAGAGUGGGAGAUAGAGGACUCCCUGAAUGCAGCAGGGGCAAGACUCUGGCUCAAACAGAAGUUGAAUCAGCUAGUUAGACAAAAUGGAUGGGAAAACACCAUAAUUUGAGGGGCAACCCUUCAUAUUCCCGAUCUUGGCACUUUUGCCAUCACUACUUCUGACUGACCUCAAUGCCCAUGAAGUCUAGAACCUUUUCUUUUGAAUGUGGGGAUGCAUUCCAUAGUUUACUAUCUAACUCAGCCUUAGCUGCACUUAAGCUCAUUAAGGGAGCCUGAUUCUGUUGGGUCGUCACCAGUAUAUAUGGAGCCAGCCAAAGCAAGCCUUUAUUCAAAGCCAGCAGAAUUGGUGAAAAGGCAUUUCACAGCUGCAGUUCUCCUCCUUCUCCUCCCUUUCCCCCCUCUAUAUUAAAAUAGGGAAAGCUCCCCUACUGAGAUGUCUACCUCCACUGAAUUUCCAAGCCAUUAGAAAAUACAUUCUGGCAGCUGGGUUUCCUCAGGUCACAGACACUUUUUGUAGUGAAUAAGACCAGCUGAUUUUAAUGUCAUUGUUCCUUAACCCAAUUGAAUUGGAUUAAGGUAAGGAAACUGUCUGGCUUAAUUAGGAUUUACCAGAGGUCAAGUUCAGCGCAAGUGAUCAAAGCCCAACUAAUCCUGAUAUAUACACAUUUUUUUCACUCUUCACAGUGACAAUCAUCGCCAGUCAUUUUAUGCUUCCAGCCCUUAAUUCCAUCUUUCAGGUAUCCUUUUCCAGCAAAACCACACUAGAGGAGUGCAAAUGGAAGCCAAGUUUUCCUUAGUAUUGAUAAUAGGAUGUUCCAGAAUCCAUAUUUGGACAAUGUCAGUAUUAGGCCAACCAAGGGUCUUUGCAUGUUGCUGGUGCCAUUUAAGGGUCAAAUCAUAGAGCUAGAUGGAAGAGGGUCUUGUAGACUAUCUAGUCCAACACCCAACUUCAAACAGAAUAUCCCCAGAGCUAGAGCAGUCCCAGCAGGUGGCUGCCUAACCUCUACUGAACUACUACCCCAAUCAGCACUGACCAUUAGCCAAGAUUGUGUGGGGCUGAUGGGAGUUGGAGUCCAAUGGCAUCUGGACGGCCACAGGUUCCCCAGCUGUGCUCUACUAGUAGGUCUCUGGUAAGGAUUAGCCCAUCAACCACCAGCCAGCAAUAGCUCAAUUAAGCUUUUGGUUUUGCAUUCUGCCUAGAACUGCAAAAUAAAAUAGGUCCAGUCCAGAGCAGGUCACAAUAUAUGGCAUAUGUUGGCCUGCCAUGGUUGGAACAGGAUGCAAAACAGUGACAACAGUAUUCAGUGGAAAAGCCAGGCUUCCCACCCCCAAACAAAUUCUCUUAACUGAAAAGAGACUGUCUGAUCUGAGGCAUGCAAACCAAUCACAGUGAACUCUUAUUUUUGCCCUUUUCCUGUGUGUUUGUUUUCCUGAACUCUGAAAUAGUUCUGAAAUUAGAUAUUGCAAAUGUUCAAAACUUCAAAGAAUCUCUCGGGUGUGCUGUGAUCAAGUUGGUGUAUAAAUGAAUAGCUGUGAACACUGCAUAAUUUCUGGGCAGAAAGCUCACCCAUUUUGUGUGCUUGCACACCAAAACUUUUAAAAUACAGGAUGGAUUUAUCAUUUAAUUACUGCAAAGCUUUUUGUGAUAUGGUUUACAUUUUCAAGUCCGGGCUCAAAUUUUCUGUUUUCCAUGGUUACUCCAGCUUCUUUCUAUAAAAGAUAAGAUGAUGUGUUCUGUCAGACCAGCCUUCCUGAGACAAGCGAUGGCAGUUCACCUGCUCAGGGUCCCACUCAGUCUCUGAGGGGUCUUUUAUUCUCCCAGCCAACAUUAAGCACCCCAUAUUCGUGAUCAGUUUUGAUACAGCUGGGAGAACAUUUAAGUGACUCCCACUUAGGAGUGUGGCAUAAUUGUGUGGAUCCCACGAACAGGACUCCUAAAAGGGGCAAGGUGGCGAUUUCAUGGGAAAGAGAUGCACACGCCAGGUUUUGCUCACCUAGCUGGGCAUUGAACUCUUUUCUCAGUUGCACAGAAACCACUCAUGGAUAAUCAGCUGCCUGAAGUUGAGGGAAUAUCAGAAGAUCAUAGUAGAAGGGCUGGAGCAAAGAGAAGUGACACCACCACCAUCGUCGUCGUCGUCAAUAAAUAAAUGCAUGCUGUAACAAAUCUAAAUGCCAUCAGUGAAUCCAGAUGUACAGCAGGUUACUUUUAUUCAUUGGGUUUUCUAAGGUAAGGAGAAAUCCGAAUAAUUUUUUUUUAAAAAAGUAUGGGCUAUCAGGUUGAUGACAACAUUGUGUGGAUGCUGCAAAAAGAAGAAGAAGAAGAAGAAGAAGAAGAAGAAGAAGUGUGUGUAUAAGCAGCUCAAAUUGCACAAUAAAUGUCGGUCUGCGAACAGCCUGAAUUUCUAACACAAAUCCCCAAACAAAUGCAUUUAUGAUUCUCAAAAUGUGGAGGAUUUCCUUACUGGCAUCUGGACACUGGGAAAAAAAGAAAAAGCUGGAUGUUUUCUUGCUGUUUCAGCUGUAGUCAAGCUCAGGUGCAAAGUUGCUAAUGGCUACAGGGUCUCACACUUUGCCCCCCCCCCAAAAAAAAAUUCGAUUUGAACCUUUGCACAGGUGCAGAUACCACAAAGAGCAAAAAGUGGGCAGUGUUGAGUCUUUUGCCAGGCACAAGCUAAGCUGGCACUCCAGGUAUUUAGAAUUUUUUUCUGCAAAAUUUUCAUUUACCUUUUGUUUAGCAGGAAACAGACUCUCUAUUUGAGGAAAAGGUGAAAUGGCAUAUGCAUUGAUUACUGUCAGAAGUAUAAAAGAAAAGCACAUUGCACAUAAUGGGAGUUUUAUCUGAUGACAUGUGCUAUUGCAUCUUGCAGAAGUAUAAAAGAAAAGUUCAUUGCACAUAAUGGGAGUUUUAUCUGAUGACAUGUGCUAUUGCAUCUUGCCCAAAGCAAACAAAUUUGGAAAUGGCAGACUUGAAGUUUUUAUUUCCUUCUAAAUGUUACUUUUAACACAUCUGGAAUUGGUUUAAUUGCUUUUCUUCAAUCACAAAUAUUUGCAUAUAGCUGUAUGUUAUUUUAAAAUAGAAUAAAAUGUGAGUUUCCAGAAAGUGGCCAAGACUGAAAUUCAGAGGCAAGGAAAUUAAAAGCUAAGGACAGUUAUUUGAUGCUCUAAUGAGCUUCAUCCAGACUGUUUCCUGUCCCUGAGAGCAGUGGAAAAGAAGAGUUUUCAACUUAGCAGUCACAUUAAAAAAAAAAAAAAAAUUGGAACCCAGCUCUUUGAGAUGACUUAGCUGUGGUUGUUGGCAUUUAUUUUUCUUCUGUCUCGAUGCCUGUUAAAUUUGUUAACAGUGAAUGCGUCUCCUGGUAGGAGCACAUCAUAUAGCUGACUACAGUCUCCAAAAAUUAUGCUGCCAGGAAUAACUAACAGUACGUCAGAAUUGGCCCUGGGACAGAAAACGUUUUUUGCUUUAUGAAAGGAGUUCUCUGGAGGGAUCCAUAUGAAAAAAAAAAAAAUGAAAUAGGAGUGCAGAAUUCAUUUUCAGGAACCCAGUCUCCUGCUUCUGGAUCUUUCAUACAAAAACCAUAUGGAUUUUGAAUUCUGACAGUGUUCUCCACCCCCGCUUUAAAUGGCUUUUUCUUAAAUACAUAUAUUAUUUGGAGUAGGGAGGGUGCCUAUAUUGACCAUAGGCAUUGCUCCACAGAGUAAAAGAAAAGAGAGAGAGAUGUAUGAUUAUUGUGCCCUACAUCUCCAUGAGACGCGGGUGGCGCUGUGGGUAAAACCUCAGUGCCUAGGACUUGCUGAUCAUAUGGUCGGCGGUUCGAAUCCCCGCAGUGGGGUGAGCUCCCGUCGUUCGGUCCCAGCUCCUGCCCACCUAGCAGUUCGAAAGCACCCCUAAGUGCAAGUAGAUAAAUAGGUACCGCUUUACAGCGGGAAGGUAAACGGCGUUUCCGUGUGCGGCACUGGUGCUGGCUCGCCAGUUUCAGCUUCGUCACGCUGGCCACGUGACCCGGAAGUGUCUUCGGAUGGCGCCGGCUCCCGGCCUCUUGAGCGAGAUGAGCGCGCAACCCUAGAGUCAGUCACGACUGGCCCGUACGGGCAGGGGUACCUUUUUACAUCUCCAUAGUUCACAAGAAGUUAGUUUCACAAAACUAUGGAAUUUACUUCCACCAGAGGUAGUAGUGAUGGCCACCAAUUUGGGUGGUUUAAAAGCGAAUUUAGAAGGGGAAAAAAGGAAGAUAAGGCUAUUUAUCAAUGGUUACUAGCCACAAUGGCUUUGUUCCACCUCCAUCAGAGGCUGCACUACAUUGGCACCCACUGUGGUUAUAAUAAUUUCCUUUAGGUGCUACUUCCCCACCCCUCUUUCUGCUCUCUUUCAACUGGACUUGCUGCUUUCUUUUUGCCCCCCCCCCAAAAAAAGAGAAAUAAUUUUAAAUGAAUUGAGGGAAGAGAGUUCUAACUUUUUACUGCUGUUUGCUGGAUGGCUGCAUAUGAACCAGUGACUCAUCAAACCUUUCCAAGUAUGUGUGUGUGUUGGCCAGAAACUUGCUUUCCUUAUCGGCAGGGGAUGAGGUGGGUGAGCAAGCAGCUCUCAUUACUUUCUAGCAGUCCACAUGCUCUCUCAUGGAGGAGCCGCAGCCUGUUUUAUUUUGGGGUGUGGGGUGAAGAGAGGGAAAGGAAGGACCCAUGCAAACUCUGCCUUUAAUGGAGUGUGUAUGGAACUGUUUCCCUCUGACAACAGUAAGUUGGAAAUGUCUGUACAGGGAAAGGGGAAUUUGCUAUUCCAUGCAAACUAUAUAGCCCAUUGCCCCAUGUGCCAUGGUCACCUCCAGACUGUGCCACCAUUUUCCAAGAGAGAUUCAGUGGCGUACUGGCAGUCAGUUAGAGUAUGUUAAAGUGUUCUGUCAAUACAAAUCUGCUUUGAGAAAAACGAAAACUUCUGAACUUCUUUUGUGGUAAGGAAAGUGACGAGGGGAUGUGCUAAAAAAUGUGGGACGGCAGUCAGUUGAUGUGAAAUCUUAUAACCUCUGUGCAAUCAAAUUGGGACAAAUGCUUGAUAAAGAGCAAGCACAGUAUAGUCUCCACACAAGCUUUGGGCUAGCAAAUCAGGAUUGAAUGCUCAGCGGAUGGGAUGUCUGGAGGAACUCCCAGUUGCCCCCAAAUGCAGUUUUGCUGUUUCUUCAGUUGAGGGAGUGCAUGUGUGAAAGAGGGAGGAGGGAGAGAAAAAAAAACUGUUUACAUGGAUUUUGAGAAAGACCUUAUAUACACUAAAUUUUAUUGCAGUUCAAAAUUCCAUGUUGUUUGUUCAGAACACUUCCACAGCCCCUUUAUCAGUCUGUCUACGCUUUCAGUAGUGAAUCCUGAAUUGGAAGUGAAUUUUGUAUUUACACAACAGAGGGUUUAUCACAUGCCAACAAAAACAACGAAACAAAAAAUCCUCUGUCUACAGGCACAAAGGAAUAUUUCAUUAUAUUUUGUUAUCUUUUGUCUUCAUACAGUUCAUUGUGUGUGUGUGUAGAGGGAGGGAUUGUGCUCUGUUUUGUCUUCCAAAAAACAGGCAGUUCUGUCUUCCUGCUGUACAGUGGUACCUCAGUUUAAGUACUUAAUUCGUUCCGGAGGUCCGUUCUUAACCAGAAACUGUUCUUAAACUGAAGCACCAGUUUAGCUAAUGGUGCCUCCUGCCGCCGCACCGUCGGAGCACGAUUUCUGUUCUCAUCCUGAAGCAAAGUUCUUAACCUGAGGUAUUAUUUCUGGGUUAGCGGAGUCUGUAACCUGAAGCGUCUGUAACCCAAGGUGCCACUGUACUGAGUCUGUAGAGUUGGCACAAACCAAUAUGGACGGCUUGUGCCAUGGACAGCCAAACUACAGAACUGUUUGGAACCUAGUAUCCAGUGGGCUUGAGAUUAAUCUUUACAGUGGACAAAGGCAUGAUUGGGGGAGGCUGAUCGAAUUAGGUGUAGGUGGCACUGCUUUGCAGUGGUCUGGUCUGACAUGGAUUGUUAUUUACAGAGGGACCUCCUUCAUGUGCCUCCUCUAUGAGAAGUCUUUAGGGUGUCCUUUUCUGACGUGGCUCCCUGCUUGUGGAAUGCCCUCUCCAGGGAAGCUUGCCUGGCGCCUUCAUUGCAUAUUUUUAGGCGCCAGGUGAAUACAUUCCUCUUUUCCUAGGCUUUUGGCUAAUAAAACAAUCAAUGGCCUCUUAAACUGUAGGGGGUAUUGUUUUUGUUUGUUGCUAUAGCAUGUGUUUUUAUGUUGUAAAUCACCCUGUGAUCCUUUGAUGAAGGGUGGUAUAGAAAUUAGAUUUGUUUUAAAAUAAUGGUAGAUAGGAAGUUAUCUUAACACCAAGUUGGACCAUUGGUCUGUUUAGCUCAAUACAGUCUCUACACAGACUGGCAGCAGCUCUGCAGAAUCUCUUUCCCGGAACUCUACUGCAAACCCUUUGCACCAUUUCAUCCCUCAUUUCACAUCUGGCACUGCCCUCGCUGAGAGCUGGAACCACCUAGAGUGUGCUGAAAGCUGAAAAAUGUAAAUGCGAGGCUGAAAGGGAAGGGUGUGGAAUGGCAUUACCCAUAAAGGAUUCCAUUCGCCUACCUUUUUUAUAGAGGGCUCAGCCGGAGCUGGGGAAUUUUGCCCCUCUUCAAGCUAGCACCACACACAAAAGGAUCCCGAGAGGUUUAUUAUGCAGCUGAUGCAAGACAGGCAUUAGUUACAGGUACCCCAAAUAAGCAAGAGAAAGUGAUGCCCCCCGAACAGCAACCAAUUUGCAAGGGGGACAAUUCGUCACGAUUCUGGGUUUUUUGUUUUACAAAAAGGCAUUUGUCUCAAAAGUGGGAGAAGAGUGUCGAUGUGAUUUCCAAGCCAGGCCUGGCAGGAGUUUUGUCUGAAGCUGUGCUGGAGCUCACCUUGUCGUUUUUGCAUGAAAAGGCAGUUGUGCGAAGGUGGGAAGAUCUUGGAAGAUUUCAGGUCAAGAAGCUCUUCUGGUGGAAGAAGACUCGAGAACAGUUUGAAUGCUGGGAGUUUACUGGCACAGCCUAGUUUACAGUUGGCAGAUGAAACCAGGAUCUGAUAUAGUGGCAUCUUUCACUUCAGAAACCCUGGUUGGCAUUUGAGUCUCUUCCCUCAGCUGCUUUGCGCUUCUUAAUAUGGGGUAAUAGUCAAUUAAGUUUUACACAGAGUAGACCUAUUGAAGUUAAAAGCUAGGUUUUUCAAUUUCAGUGAGUCUGUUCUGAGUAAAAUUUAGCUGAAUCCCCCCUGUGAUUUCUCAUCGCUUGCACAUUCAGGGGGUAUUGCUUGAUUACUGAGGGCUGGAUGACUGACAGCUGAAUGUGUAAAUGGGCUCUGUGGUGAAUUAAUUCUGCCUGUUUGUUUUAUUAUUAGUAAUCUGCAUCUUCAGGGGAGAAACACUCCCAUUAAAGCCCACUCAGAUAAAUUAAAAUAAUAAAGGAAUAAAUUCAUCGUAUGACAACACUGGUAAAAAGAGCAGUGGAACGAGACACCACAUCGUUACAAUAUUCUAAUUAAAACCGCUUAGCUGGGUCUAAAGAUCUGCUGGAAAGAUGAAAGGGUAGAUGCCCUGUGGGGGUCCGUUGGAAGUGCACUCCAUAAAUGGGCCACCCUCUCCACAGUUGCUACUCACCUGCCACCAGAACCUGAAGACACUCGAGGAAAGGUCUCUUGCCUGGCGGAGGUUACCAGCACAUGGAUAACUAUGGCCAAGCUACACCCUUGGGCUGGCGCACCAACCUCAAAUGGUGGAGGCUGCUCUGUAACCUGGAGGCCUGACACCUCCUGUAACAACACUGGGUCCGUCAGCAUCCUCACCAAACAAAAUGUGACGCUGGUUCUUGUGGUGUAAUGCAACCCCUCCUCCACUCUCACCAGCGGCACCUCCAUCUUGUCAGGAUACAGCCUCAGUUUAUCAACCUUCCUCAAGUCCAUCAUGGAUGCCAGACACUAACUCGACACUUUUCCUCCCAUGAAGUACAGUGGUACCUCGGGUUAAGUACUUAAUUCAUUCCGGAGGUCUGUUCUUAACCUGAAACUGUUCUUAACCUGAAGCACCACUUUAGCUAAUGGGGCCUCCUGCUGCCGCUGCGCUGCCGGAGCACGAUUUCUGUUCUCAUCCUGAAGCAAAGUUCUUAACCCGAGGUACUAUUUCUGGGUUAGCAGAGUCUGUAACCUGAAGUGUAUGUAACCCGAGGUAUCACUGUAUAACCAGAGGUUCUGAGGUGCCACUGGAGGCCAUUCGUGAGAGAGGGCUUUCUCUGUGGUGGCACCUUGUUUGUCCCUGGAACUCCCUACUCCAAGAGGUUAGGCUGCAGGGGUAUCUUCCUCUUCAGUGGUUGAAGACAUUUCUUUUUUUAAAAGCUUUUGAUUUGCUUGUUACUUAAUUUGACUUCUUGGUCAAUUGGUGUGUGUGUGUUGGUGUUUUGGCUCCUUGUUUUCUUGUUCUGUGAUGCUGCUUUUUAGUCUGGUGCUUGUUUGUUCUCUUCCUUCCUCCCCGAAUGAUGGAUUCCUGGUGUUUUUAUAUUUUAUUAGUUGCUCCUUUUUGGAGGAGAAGACCUGGAUAUAAAUGUUUAAUAUAAAUAAUAAGAAGAAACCUUGUUGAUGGCAGCCCAGCUCUCUAGGUGACUUCAUCCAGCAGUUUCCAUGCAGAUAUGAAAUAGAAUGGGGACUAGAUAGGAUCCUGUGAUGAGGGGUUGAACACCAGUUCCCCAUAGCCAUCUUCUGGAAUUUGCCCUUAGAGUAGGUACAGAGUCAUGGCAACUCAGUGUGCCAUCAGUCCCAACUGCCUGUCCAGAAGGAUUUCAUGCUCAGUGAUGAUGAAUAGCAUUGAGUGGUCCUUCACUUAGCUUUUGAGGCACUUGCAGUGUCCAAAUCAGGCCUUAGCUCAGACUGAAAUUAACCCAGGUAUGAGAUGAUAUGGUAUAAUAUUGUGCUAGAUCUCUGGUGGCCCAUUCAGAAGACCAUAUUUUCACCUGACAUUCUAGAUAGUGGACAGCUUUAUUUGUGAAAUAUGCACCCAGAGCUUACUGAAUUGUUUCUGAGACAGGAAAACCGGCUGCAUAAUUUCAUUCAAUCUAUGCUGGGCUUAUUUGUGAAGGACCUGUUUGAAACAGCCACUCUGAGACAAGGAUUGGGCAGUAUUGUGUGGGUGAGCCUAGGGAGACAGGAAUGGAAGGGUGCUUAUAACUGAUAUUACAUCAUGGAAGUAUCUACCUUUUGUUUUAAAAAAGUAAUAAAAAAGGGAAGUUUGCAGCUGUUGGGAGCCCUAACAACUGAGGGGUAUUAGGGAAAGCAUGCAGGGAGAUGCAGAAAGAGAACCACAGUUGUUUCACUUCAUUAUUUCCUGGAGAUAUCUGGUUUCUCUGGUAAGUGAAACUUAACAGCAGCACAUCCCCCUGCAACACUUUUCUUGUCAGUCAGGAAAGCAGUCCUUUAACAUGCCUGUCCCUGUUCCGAACUGCAACACAGCCAGUCAGUGUUCUCCCCAUUUUUACUCCUGAGCCAAUAUGCAGACUGCCACAAUCUCCAUAGUUCACUCAGCUGAAACCUGGCUGCUCUGCCCAUUUUGGGCUCUUAUCUAGGGAUGCUGGAGAGCUGUGAGGGGAGCAUAAAUUGCCAGUGUUCACUUACUCAUUGUGUUUCAGUAACAGAAAUCAACCCAGCACAUAAACUUGGUGUUUGCUGCCACUGUUGUUUUCAGUCCACAAAACAACAUGUACUGGAUUACAUUGUGUGCUCUCCCCCCCCCCCGCCCCCCAAAAUUGCACGAUGUUUUCCUUGCUCUGAAAUGAACAUGGUGGAAUAAUGUAAGGACAAUAUAAUGACAUCAUUUACGAAAUUUUGCCACAUUGGACAGUGAGACAGAUAAUGUAGUUUUGGGUGGAAGAUGAACUGCAGUGGAAUGGAAACAGUGCUGCAUGAGGAAAAUACAAUAAAAUAUACUUCUUUCACAGCGAGGGAUUUUGCUGGAUCCCUGGCACUGAGAGAAACUGCCAGGGGGAAAUUGGGAACCUGUGGCCCUUCAUAGAAUUGUAGAGUUGGAAUGGAGAUCAAGGCCCAACUCUCUGUAAUGAAACAAUUUCAGCUAAAGCAUCCAUGACAGAUGGCCAUCCAGCUUCAGCUUAAAAACCUCCAUGGAAGGAGAGUUCAGCAACUUCUGAGGGAGUCCAUUCCACUGUCAAAUGGCUCUUUCCAUCAGAAAAUACUUCGUGAGAUUUAGUUGGAAUCUCCUUUUUUGUAACUUGAAGCCAUUGCUUCGUGUCCUACCCUUGAGCAGGAGAAAACAAGCUUACUCCAUCUUCCAUGUGACAGCCCUUUAGAUAUUGGAAGAUGGCUAUCCUAUCUCCUCUUCUCCUGGCUAAACAUACCUAACUCCCUCAACCAUUCCUCAUAAGUCUUGGUUUUCAGGCCCUUGAUCAUCCACAGGUUCUCCCUGCUUGUCAUAAGGCAAAUAAGAAGAGCUUGACAUUUCAUAUAGUUUAUACAUGUCUCCUUUUUGGUGCUAAUAUAAUGGUUUCCCAACAAUUUGAGCUAGGAAUACUGGAAAAUAGAGUCUUUGCCAUCCCAGCUACUUUGAAGAACCAGCUGAAGGGCUUGCCACAUUUCCAGCUAAUCACAUUUUCCACUUGCAUUACUAAAAUAAGAAUGCCAUUUGUGGCUUUUGAGCUUGUCCACGAUAAGUCUCCGGUGCAAUCUUCAGUUUCUCCCAGCUCCUGUUAAAAGUCUGUCCUCAUUUCACUUUCCUGUACAGCUCUAAAGAUCAUAUUCUGUUGCUUGACUGGGCUGUUUCCCGUUUAAGAUGCCACACUAGUUCGUUAAAAUUAACAUAUUUACUCACUUAGAAUCAUUGGCUCAUUCCUACCUUUAUGAACUUCCAAGAGAACUCUGGUUGCGGCAGUCACUUCACAGGUGGAGGGAGGGAGGGAGGGAGGGAGGGAGGGGGCAGAUGGAGGGUGGGGUGGAACCUUCUAGAACUUCUGGUAAAAGCCCUCCUUUGUAGUGGGUAGAUAGAUAAGGGUUUGAGGGAAGGUAAAGGGAAUUGAUUUGAAAGCGCUGAGUGCAUGGAAAACAUACUUAAGGAAACAUAUUUGAGGGGGAAGAAAGAAUAGAGGAGUGCAAGAGAGAAGUGAGUGAUUCUUCCUAGGGUUUCUUUUUCUUCUGAUGCUGAGGACAAACAGUGGAAUGACUGAUGGAGCUGCUCUACUUUGAAUGCCAAGCUCAGCUUCACAAACAUUGGCAUUCCUCAAGGCCAAACAUUAAAUCUUGACAGAAUGGCGAGAAAGCAUCAGGUUGACGUGGAGGGGCAGCCGUUUAGACAUUUUUAUUUUUAUUUUAUAUUUAUGCACGUAUUUAUUUGAGAAUUUAUUUCUCGCCCCUCAGUGUAAAUUCAGGUUUGGGGGCAGCUCACAGCAUAUAAACUUUCAGUUUCAUAACAAUGGGACUCUGUGUGUGAUAUAUAUAUAGAGAGAGAGAGAGAGAGAGAGAUACGCAGUACCGGAUUUAGGGCAAUGUGGACAAUUCCCCUGCACAGGGUACUGAGCCGUGGGGGCACGAUGAAGAAGCAGCAGCAGCAGCAGCAGCUGUACCAAAAGGAAUUAUUGUGGGAAUAAGAAAUUUUUAGGAGCGGGUGCCAAAUUUAGUCAUCGCUCAGGGCACCAUAUUAGCAAAGUCCGACCCUGAUAUAUAUAUGCAAAUUUAGAAAUGAUUUCUAUAAGUCAAGUAGAAAUACAACACAUCUCAUUAUGGUGGGGCAGUCACCAGGGAACCUGUGUGCUUGCUCCGUCUGCUGACCAGGUGCUGCUAACAGUUGACAGGCAGCUUCGGAGCUCCUGCUCUUACUUUUUAUGGUUCUUUAGCUUUAACCAGACUUGGACUGGACAGCCAAUCAAACACAGGACUGUCACAUGUAGUGUAGGUCACAUGACUGCCCUGAUCACAAACAUGUCACGGCCUAGAGAUUUCCCUGCCACAGUUCCUCAGCCAGCUAGGGGACAUUACUAGAUCUUGGGUCUUUCCUUUCUUUUACCCCCUCAUCGCCACUCCUACUUGCCCACUUUCGUUUCUUCCCAAACUUCCCUGGCAGCAAGAAGGUCUGAUUAGGCCCUAUAACACUUCAGGAGCAGUAUCCCAGGUUUCCGGUUCUGUGGGAAAUGGUUUCCUGGGGGCUUGAGCCACACAGUGCUGCUUCCAGGCCCAAUGAACAUCAGCUUGGGGUGUGUGUGAGAGCUGGCUUCAUGCCCAUUCAGCCAGAAACCUGAAAUCCCCAAAUCUCUUGGGGAUGUUUCAGAUGGUUUUGUUUUCUUUACCCUAGUUUUAAGACUCUUCUUUCCUUCUCAGUGACACUAGAAAAUGUCAUUCUGGCCUAUUACUCCACUGCCACCCUUUGCCAGCUCCCCUCAAGAAACCUCCUGAGGCAGCUGUGCCAGACACAGGACUUUGCCAGUCAACAGCCUCCUGUUACGUUGCACAGGCAACGUGUUAUGUCUGUAUGCGUGCUUGGUAGGUUGUCCAAGCCGCUCGGAACAGACUCCUGCCUGUUGUGUGCUGCUUUGUCAGACCACAAGCAUGCAGGUCUCACUUGGCAAAGGAAACCACCUUAGUCAGGAGACGGAGAUGCAUCUAGAGGAAGGGAACCCUAGUGCUUAGGAAUAAAGGUGCUAUUCAAGGGCAAUGUAGCUCAGGGCCUGGCUGGCACAGGAGUGGCUGGAUUACGUCCAUUCAGAAAAAGAUUUCUUGGAACAGCUUGGUUUGGGGAAGGGGGUCGAAGGGUGGAGAACAGAACUGACCCAGUCAUCAGUUUUACAGGGGUGCAUCAAUUGUAGAUUUGGGAGUAAAAAGCUUGUCACAUUGCAUUCCACAUCUGGGCAGUGUAGCACACAACCAAAGGCACGAAGAGCGUGUUGGCCAAAGUUGGUGGACAGACUUUGCCUGUACAGACCCAGCUGGUCUUUAUGAUCAUUGGAGGAGGCCCUCCAUGGUUAGUGGAUUGCCACCUAGGGACAAUACUGAAGUGGGCCUUUUCUGCAUCUAUGUGACAUCAGGCAUGGGGGCCGUAGCUUGUGUAAAAUCAGCCUUGUGGGCUAAAUUCUAAGCCUUGCUGGGUCUAUUUAGGCCCUUGGCUGAAGUUCCCCACUACUGCUUUUAGGAAAGGGAUAGGCAACUUGAGUCUGACAGUUUUACAGAAUUGUUUCAUGAAUUUUACAUGCACCCACCUUCAUUUUCUGUCUAACAGCACAAUCUAACCAUGUCUACUCAGAAGUAAGUCCUGUUGAAUUCAGUAGUAAACAACAUUAGGAUUGUAGCCUAAAUUGCUUCCUUCCACCAAACAAUAUUUAUUUUUGGAGAAGUUUAUCUUUAAAUGAGAAAACCAUGAAGUCAGUUUAUGGCAUAAUAUGUAGACUAAGGAAUGGUGACAGUGAGAAAGUGUCGUGAAGGCUGGCUCCUCCUUCCUUGCAUCUCCUGAGAGAGCCUUUAAGACAAAGAGAGAUGUUCAAGCUAAUACUCUUUUUUUUUUAAGCUUUGUCUUUCUACUUCAUUUCCCAUACUCUCUGGCGUGCAUCACAUAAGGCAUGUUGGUCUAGUAUAGCUCCUACAGAGGCAACAGUUGGGUGAGGGGGAGGGCAAGGAGAUGGGUCUGUUGACCAGAAUAUUGGUUUUCUGAGCUUCCUUUUAUUGUGAGAAAAAAGAUGAUGUUUGGGAGCACCAUAGUUCGGGGAAGCAACUCUUCAACCAAUGUGACAAGAAAAUGCCCCAUGUGGAAAAGAAGUCUAGACCUUAGGUCCUUCUCUGCUCUUUGUUAACAGUAUUACAUAUGGCCCUAUUACUGAGAGCAGGAUAAAAGUUGUAUGCAUGUUAGCAUUACAGAUGAAAAUACUCUUAAUUUUGGACUGCCCCGGAGAGCAGUGGGCGAUAUAUGUUUAUUAUGGCCUGGAAAAAGGACAACAACAACCAGUUUCAGUUUUGACAGAUGCCUCUUAGAUCUGCAGGAAUCCAGUAGAGAAAGGCAUGCUGCUCUUGUGCGUUUCCCAUUUUCCCCAUUUGUGGUCAUUUCCGAACAUUUAAAAUGUUAGCUUUAACCAAGGAGGAAAGGUAAACAGGAUCUAAAUGCAAUUACCCCCUUCAAAUCAAUACUCUUCCAUAAAGCAACAAGAAUUGACUUUUUUUUUUUAAAAAAAAGAAGAUCUUCUGGAUCACUUUUUAGAAUUUCUACUUCCAGGAAGGCCAGUGGCUGUAAUUGUUGCCCAAAGCUAUAAUUUCUGGCUUUAAGACAGCUCUUUCAUUUCCCCCUCUUUUUAUAUCUUGGGCAGAUGCAACAGGAAGUGAAGGGGGUGGCUGAAUUUAGUAACUGACGGGGCAGUAGCAUACUGUACAGCCUACAGAUGCAAGUACACUCCCCUUCUGUGUCUUUUCCAAGGACAUGAUCCAGUCGUGGCUAAGGACCUUUAAAUCUCACAAUUGAUUUCAAUGGGAGAGCAAACGUUCCUGCCGUCUUGUGUUGUGCCCUGGAUUCCCAGUGUGUCAUACAGCCCAGCCAGUGGUUUGCGUCCAAAGUUGUGAGCUUUGCAUUUUGGGAUCUGUUCUUAAUCAUUGCUGUACAGGGAAACCCUGUUGGCUGCAGCCUGCAUGAUGUCACCGUCGGCUGCCUUGAAAUCUGGAGCGCUGUCCCUUCGGUUCCCAGCCAGUUGGAUUCGUCAUUUGGUGCGUGUCUGAUCAGUACGCAGAUCCAACGCUAAGAGGGAACUACAGCAAAGACAUAACGUGUUUCUGAAUCCUCUUCUAGAGGAUAUAAUUCUAAAUGUCUCCCAGUCAAUUAAUGGUACCCUUCAGGAGCGCAGCCUCAUUCUGAUUAAUAGUAAGGUUGUAGGUAGUGAAUAUUUCUCUCAUUACAGAGACUGUGUUCAAAUAGGUCCACAGCAAUGGACCGUUCUUGGGAUUACUCAGCACUCAUGAUUAGAUGCUUAAAUGAGCAUUUCCCUCUUUGAGUGUUUGUGGCUGCGUUCCAGACAGUAGUUCUUUAUGGCAUGUUCACGUCCUUUUGCCAAACCACAGGUUCAGGCAUGUUAGAGCCACAUUGUUCAGUGCCCUUGGCCCUUUUCCCUUUGUCUCCUCCUACAUGCCUACUUUAGAAGGAAGAUGAAUGGCAGCAGUUUCCACCUCACAAAUUGGGGGUUAGUGGGCAGAAAUGGGAGUCCAGCCAAUGCCCUACUCUGAAGCUGUGAGGAAACCUGACACAUUUGAGCACCAGGUUCCAGAUGUGCAAGGCUGUGUGCGUGCUUUUCCAGUUCUUGACAUGCUAAAUUGGUUUUGGGGCAAAAUGCAGCGUUCCGGGAAAUGUGGUGUUUGUUGUUGUUGUUGUUUUAGGAAAAUUAGGUUUUUGCUCUUGAAGCUGUGAAUACAGAUUUGGGUGAUGCCUGGCAAAAUCUCGGGAGUGUAGGAAGAGGUCAGGGGUUUGAAUAGGAAAUCCAGAUGUUGGGAGCCUCAGUGUCGUACAUAACUUGUCAUCCUUUCUGACCACAAGUAGGAAAAGGUUAAGUAAAGCAAUUUGCAAUUAAAUCAAUGAAUAGAGGCCUUGGUAUACAGUCUCUUCCCCCCGCCCCUUGAAUCUUGGGUUGCCUUAGUAAAAUUUUUUGAAUUGCUUGUUUUAUCAAAGAUCACAAGUAGCCCAAUGGACAGGGGUACUUUUUUGUAUAAAGAGCUGAGGCUCAUCCAGCUGAUAGCUUCUAUCUGUUAGGUGCUUGUGUAGUAAACUGGAAGUAGGACAAAAUGGAAGCCUUUGAAUGGAAAAAGUACUCUACACAAACAGGUUAAAAAUACAGCUCAUGUCUCAUACUUUUUCCUGUAAUUGCUUCUUCCUUCUCUGUGAAGACACUGUUAGAAACUGACUCUUGCCUUUGUACAGUGGAAACUAGGUAUGUUCCAGACAGACAGACAGACACUCAUCUCCCUUCAAUUCAGUUUUAAAUCCAGUAAAUAUUAAGUGGACUAGAGACACCUUUGUGGGACUCUAUCACACACAUGUGGCCUGCCCAGCUCAGUCAGUUCAAAGCUUCCAGAGAGGAACAGGAACACUUCAAUUCCUAGAAGGUUGUGAACCAGGGCUAUGUGCAAUUUCUAUGUGCUAAUUUUGUUGAUGUCUUAGGGAUUGUUAAUGGUUUUUAUUAUGAUUGUAUUGGGGAGGGGUGUACACACGUGUCACACACACACACACACACACACACACACACACACACACUGUACAGUCAAUCCAUGGUGAAGGAAUAUAUUUAUUAGGACCAACUAAAAUGUCACAAAAUGGGGGGUAGUCUUUUCAGUUCUCCAUAGCUUGUUGUUAAAGUAGGGUGUGGGGUAGAAAACAACUGGCUGGCACUGAAGCUAUGGUGCCUGCAUAUAGUCACAGUUUUAUGAUGGAAUAUGGGAGGGAGCAGUAAGCUUGCAUAGAUUGGGCUGUACUAGAUUCUAGGAAGGUUUCAAGUCGCAUCUUGGGCUGCCUCAAGAGUUGCUGGCUCCAAGCAGCUUACAAUGGUUCACACAGACCCCAGUUUUUGAAAUAAAAAAAAUCCCCAUCUGUCUCCAUCCUUGGCUGAAGCACACAGGUUCCUUACUAAGUAGCAUCCAAAAUCAAGCUGGAACUAGGAAGUUUCAACAAAGCUGGAGACUAAUUUUAAGAGAUAUACAUGGAGGGAAAGUCAAUACAAACUAAAUUGGGUACUGUUGCCUACUAAAUAUUGCAGCCCUCAAAAAAUGGUCCAUUCUUUGAUUUGUAGACAAAGGUCCAUUCUUUGAUUUGGCACCAAAUUUCAGAAAUGAUUUUAGGUUUUAGGGGGUACAGAUUGAUCCAGGAAAAGCAAAGAGUUUGAAAGCCAACUUUUGAAACUGCAGGGAUGCACUUGCCAUAAUUUCCAAUGGAAAUGCCAAAGGGCACCAUUGGGAUCGUUUCCAGGUCAGCAUUGGAUAAAUAUCUGAUUUCUGAUUGUCAAAAGCAGCAGGGCUGUUCUCUAAGCUGUAUGUUCUCAAAAGGUUCCGAGGAACAUUCACUCUUUAUCCUCUGCCCACUCAAUUAGUAUAAUAAACCAAACAGGGUUAGCUUCAGAUUGAUUUCCUUUCUGUUUCUGAAAAAGAGUGAUGGGAACCAGCUGGCAAGUCAUUACAGGGCCCUGGCUUUAAAGCUAUUAUUGCCAUCAAACUGCUGGAGAAUAAUAGCAUCACUGUUUAGUAGAAUAUUACUUCCAAUUUGGAGUGGUAUUUUCCCUUUCCUCAGCCCUACAGGCAAGAUUGAUGGCAGUGGUGGUGAACUCCACGAAGUCAUUCUUCAUACAUGGAAAGGCCUUAAUGCAGUUGGAUCAAUCAGCUUUAUUAAGUAUCAGUUAAUUAUGUUGCUGCACUUCCUAAUGCAUGUUGGGUAUUUGGAACAGAGGAGAUUCUGUCCAGGGCCAAUUUGCAGAUUGCAGAGAUGAUGGCAUUUCACACAUUAGAUUCAUUUUGUAAUGCUCAUGUUAGCACACUCCUAGAAAUUUAAAGAAUUAAUCAGGGAUGUUGUAGAGGUGGAUUUCCUGCUCUGACAGAACUAUAGAUGACCUUUGUGGUUCCUUAUAACCUGGGAAUUAGGACCUGAACAACACCUGGAGGUCUACCUCUGCCCUAAGAGUUUGAAUUUUGAACUGGUUUGGAGACUCUUCCAAAAAUACACAUCAGUAUAUUCUGUUACAUAGAGCUCUUUAUUAGAUCAGAGUUUGACAUCUGGAAGAAGAUGACUUAAACAGAACAGGAUUGAGGGGCUUUCAGGGGCUGGCUAUAUUUGGCUGUAUCACACUCACUCCUGGAGCUACUCAGCUAUGUCUCUGCUAAACCUUUCAAGGGCCUUUGCAUACGAAGGAUGUCACAUACAGCACCCGAUGCAUCAUAAAGUCAGGUGGUUUCGUUCCAAGACAUUGCAAUAUCGGAAAGGCUUUUGUGAUGGGGAAUCCUGCUGUGCUGAUGGCUGUAAUCCCGACUUCUAGUGGUGACUAAGAAUCAGAUCUUGCCCUUCAGGAGCAACUAUAGGUCAGUGGUAGAUCACAUGCUCUGCAUGCAGAAGUUCCCACUUCAACCUUCUCACUUUAAGAGUGAAAUGAAAUUGUGCUGAAUUUCCCAGCCUUGAAACUGUGUGUCAUUUCUCCUAUUUGUGUGUGUGUGGUGGUGUGCAUCUGAAUCAGCCACCAUUUGGAGGGUGGUGGCUUAUCUUUAGAAGCAGGGCUGUAGCGGAUCUUCUCUUCCCCUCCUCCUUUUGCUGCUACUUGCAGUGGCAUUGGCAAAGGGAGAAUUCUUCCUUCACAGUUGGACUGCUGCCCUGAUGUAGCUGAGCCAUUUGUGGCUCCCUUGGGGCCAUUUUUAUAAGUGAUGCUUAAAUCAUGUUUUUAGGUUUUUCCACAUUCUGCAAAUUGAAAAUGCUACACUGAGCAGAGUGGACAUUUAGUUUUUACAACAGCUGCCUCCUGUUUUCUCUACCGCACUAACAUUCAGAAAAUAAUAUUUCUGACUAUAAGGUGUUCUCCAGUUCCAGCUAAAACUGUUCCCUGUUAUGAAUAGAAAAUAUGAUUCAGUUCACAUUUAAAGGUGAACCUACCUAUUUGGCAGUUUCUGAAACAAUGCACAAACUGAAGCAGCCAUUCUUCAAAUUUUGCGCUUCCUUGAAUAUUGCAUUGCAGUUCUCCAGCCAAGUAACAUGCACCAGAAUGCAGGCUCUGGGAUAAAGUGUGAAUAAGAUGCAUAUAUUAGUGAAAAUGCAUUUUACUAGGGAAAAAACACUUUGCAGAAAGGUGUCUAUUAAAAGAAAUUAGCACUCAAAUUCUGAUGAAUUUUCACGAGGGCUUUUUAAAAUAAUACUAAUCGCAAGCUGAUGUGGAAAUGUGGGAAACUGAGCUUAAGGUUGGAAAACUGAGAAAUCAAAAUUAACAGGUCCCCCCAUCCCUAGUUCUAACUGAGAUAGGCUGCAGUAGUUUAAUAUUGGGAAUAGCUGAGUAUAAAGCAAACAGGAGUAUUAUGGAUUAAGGCACUUACUGAUGUACAAGUGUUUGUGAAAUAUGCCAUCACUUCUGACCCAAGCCAUGAAAUUUGAAAAGCAUACAGACAAAAGAGAUGGCGUAAUCUUUUAUUUUAACACCACAACCGCCAGGUCCUGUGGAAUGAAGAAGCUUGGCUGCUGCCCAUUUCCAGGCGAGAGCUUCAACGUUCUUUCACCAAUAAGUUAGCAGCUACUUUUUUCCUAAAAGAAUAAAGAUUACAUAGCCUUCUCGUCCCCUUUUGCCAAGCAGACCAAAUGUUCUGCUGAGUAUUGCAGACAUACAUGAAUGGUUCCUGCAUAUAUAUGGUUGCUGUCUCCUGAAAGGCAAUGUUUUGGUCCUUGGUUGAAGCCCAGCCUAGUGGUGCCAGGAGGGGUCUGGAACAUCAUGCAAUCCUUUUUAUUCUCCACCCACACAAGCAAAAGCCAUGAUCAGAGUUCAGGGGCAUAUUGCAGCCAGCCAAAAGCACUCUAGGUGGGUGCAAAGCAGGGGUGGUAAGCAGCAUGGUUGGGUUAUGUGGCCUAGGUAGGGUCCCAAGAGCCAGACAGAGAGGCUUGGAGAGCUGCGUUUGACCUCAGACCUGAGGUGCUCUACCCCCGGAGCACAGCUAUUCCAUUACUCAGCAAAUCCCCUCCCUUUUUUGACUUUCCAGGUAAACUGACCUGAUCCACACCUCCUGGACUGAUGUGAAGAUUAGGACGCAGUUAUUCAUUAGAUUUCACACUUCUCAGAAUUCUGCAGGAGAGCUCUUGGCAUUAAAACCCACACCAAACAGCCUUUAAAAUACAUCUAGAGAAGCUUACAUUGAGACAGAAUAAGCAUCUCAGUAUAAACAAAAUAAAAAAAUUCCUUCCAGUAGCACCUUCGAGACCAACUAAGUUUGUUAUUGGUAUGAGCUUUCGUGUGCAUUCACACUUCUUCAGAUACACCUGAAGCGCAUGCACACAAAAGCUCAUACCAAUAACCAACUUAGUUGGUCUCUAAGGUGCUACUGGAAGGAAUUUUUUUUAUUUUGUUUUGACUACAGCAGACCAACACAGCGACCUACCUGUAACUACAUCUCAGUAUAGAUUUUGUGAUAAGAUAAGGUCAGGAGUCACCUAGUGAGCCUGUCAGCCAAAGCCGUCCACAAGGACUUCUGCUUGUGUGAGGGAGCUCUCCACUCUCUCUCUCCCCCCUGUGUCCCUCCUUGAAAUUAGCUUGGGAAUCUGAGAAGCCCCAGAACAGUGUGCAGAGGGAGGAGAGCGGCAUCAUAGCUAUUGGCUAUUCCACUGGAGGUGGUGGUGAGGAACAGCAAAUGAGCCUGUACUGCCCACCGUGCUGCUUCCAUUUCUCUUAUCUGCCAUAUACCGUAUUUUUUUCUCUAUAAGACUCACUUUUUCCCUCCUAAAAAGUAAGGGGAAAUGUGUGUGUGUCUUAUGGAGCGAAUGCAGGCUGCGCAGCUAUCCCAGAAGCCAGAACAGUGAGAGAGAUUGCUGCUUUCACUGCGCGGUGAUCCCUCUUGCUGUUCUGGCUUCUGGGAUUCAGAAUAUUUUUUUUCUUGUUUUCCUCCUCCAAAAACUCGGUGCGUCUUAUGGCCUGGUGCGUCUUAUAGAGCGAAAAAUAUGGCAUAUGGGUACAUUCUGCACUUACGUGAAGAUAGAUAGAUAGAUAGAUGAUAGAGUGGCUUGAUAACUGGGUCACAGAGCCAAGCAAUUUCCUAUUCAGGUCACUGUAUUGUCCAUAACUACAGUGCUUGAGUGGGGCCUGCCAUGGCUACUAGCACAAUCAGUAAAUAUCCUGCUCUGAUGGUUCCCUUGACAGCUCAUACGCACACUCUCCGAAACAAGAUAUCUCGAAUCCCAACUUUUCCUGUCCUUGGCGGGCUACGAACAUUUAUCCCAUUCCCACUCUUCAUGUUUAGUUUCCCCAAAACUGGCUGUUGAGAUUCUCUUUAUAGUGGAAGCCCUGCGCCACAUGCCACCCUGCUGCACUCUGCAUGAAGAAUUAUGUAACUGCCCUCAGGCUACUUGCCCCUUUCUUUAAGUGUGCUCUUUAAGUGUGUUUUCAUAAGGCAAGCUUUCAUCUCUGCUUUAUGAUCAGCGCAGAGCAGGCAGAGCUAAAUUGUGGCCCUAUGGAUGCUGCUGAGUGACAGUUUCCAUGCCCUCAGCAUUGCCUAUGCUGGUUUUGGCUGAUGGGAGCUGAUCUCCCAACAACCUCUGCAGGGCCAAAGGUUAGCCACCUGGUGGAGAGAUUUAGAGACUUCUGACAACUCGAUAAAUAACUGCGCCAAAGGGUCAUUUAUACAUCCAUGUGCAAUGUGUAUCUGACAACCGAGGAUCGCACUCCUUGCAUCUGACAAAAUGACCCCAAGUCCACAAAAGCUUAUGCCGUAAUGAAAAACUGUUAGCGUUUAAGGCAUCACAAUACUCUCUGUUGUUUUAGGAAGGAAAAAAGUCUUAACUGCGCCUAGUUGCCUUUUAGUUUUCAGGUGUUGCAAAGAUGCUAAAAUGAGGUUCCAAAAACCAUAUUGGAACCAUGUCUUCAAUUAGGCCAGCCGAAAUAGUGUGCAAACUCUUGAGUUCUCAAGAACUCUUCAUCAAGCCACGUGGGGAACAAAUUAAGCAGUAAGCCUCCUAGGCUGAUUUUAUAAUACAGUUCCAUGGAUCUGUUGUGUAUGCUCCAGUGCUCCCCGCCUCUCUUCCCAACACAAAUGCUCUUGUACACAUUGUAAAUAUCAUCUUGGCUAGAGGCGAUCAGCACUGCUAGCCUCCUGUUGCCUUCUAUUGAGAAAUCCCUUGAUCAAGCCCACACAGCAGGAAGGGGGCAUAUUCCCUUGACCACACAGAGCAGAUUGCUACCAGUACUUAGUGAAGGAAAGCCUAAAACACAUAGUUGUCUUAACACCACGAGAGGUGUAUAGGCAGUUUGAAAACUAGUUUUUGAGUUACACAUAUCUACAGUUCUCAUUUGCCAUGAGGUAUCUGUAUGAAAGCUGGUUAGUUAGCAAGUUUCUAACAUGUUAGGUGUUGUCAAGCCAGGGCUGAGUCCAAUUCAAUGCCAGUUCUUCCUCCCCCCCCCCUUUUUUUGUAUGUGGUUUGGUGCACAUUUUGUUGUGCAUUGACUUGGAGCAAAGGCUGCACUUGCUGAGACCGACAUUGGAAAUUCCCUUUGUGCUUUGAGUUCUGUCUCUUCCCAAGCAAGAGAACUUGGUCUAACGGUACCAAAAUCCAGUCAGUUUGGAUUAGGUUUGAACAUUUACAAUCUAGGACAGGGCAGAGAGAAGACUGAAAUGCAGAUUAACACUUGGUUCCCCAUAUCUAGCAAAGCUCUCAUGACAAGCUCUUCCUAUCACCCCCGUAACGGUACCUUUGUGGGCAUGGGUUGUGGUUACUUGCAACAUUGCACUUCUUCAGUAACCUGCCGCUUUCUCCCGACUUUUUGCAUCAGCUCACAGAUCACUUGCCCUUUAGCAACUGCCAACCUUGCAUAUCGGCACUGCAUUUGCCCAAACUUCCCCUUCUGUCACGUGACAAGCAUGUGGUAGGGCUGGUGAUAUUUCUCUGGAUGAUUAAAUUCUCCCCCUCCCCUGCUGAUUUCCACAACCACUGCAAGCUAUCAGGUUAUUCACCGUGUAAGAAUGUGACCAGCCUUACCUUCUCUCCCCUCCCCCCACUUCCCUUAGUAUGCUGAGCUGAUUUCCCAAGUACUGUACAAAGCAGUAUAAGAACAUGCAUUUAUACUUGUUUUCUCAAGCCAGGGACAAUGGCAUUUAGAUUAGUGGUCUGUUACUUAUGACUUACAGCCUGGAGUUCAAAAGCUUGCUCCCCUUCCCCUAGCAUGCUCAUCCUGAUUCUUCAUAUUCAUGCUUCUACCACAAAAGAUCUAGAUUUGCUAUUUUGAACAUGGCGCCUUGAAACCCACCUACUGUGGCGCCUACAGCAGGAGCAGCAGCGCUACAAAGAGAUGUUUGGGCCAGUCAGUUCUGUUCUGUGCUGAUUUGUUGUUAUCCCAGCAGUAAUGAGAAUACAGAGCAUAGGCCUGGGGUUGGGCAUCGUCCUAUAAGCCGUGGAUGGCUUUGGGGCAAAUUCAUGAAGGAUAAGGCUAUCAUUGGCAGCUACCAAUAAUGAAGGGCAUGCUUUGAUUCCACAGACAGAGGCAGUAAUGCUUCUGAGUAGCAGCUGCUGAAAAUCACAAGUGGGGAGGCUGCUAUUGCACUUAGGCGCUGCUUGCAAACUUCCAGCAGGUUGACCCUGUGAGAACAGGAUGCUGGAUUAGAUGGGCCACUGGGCUGAUCUGGCAAGUUCUUCCUGUGUUCUUACAUUGAGCCUACUACAAUAACAAAUAUUUUCAAGUUCUUAUUAUGGGGAGCAAAACUAAUGAGCACGCCCUUCUUACUUUUUCCCAGAAUCCUGGCCCCCUGCCUCAAUAGGGUUCUUAGUCAUUGCCAUGAAUGAAUGUUUAAAAUCUGCCUUGACAGGUUUCUCCUUUUUAAUUGGUAAGCCACUGGCAGUGGCGCAGGCUCAGAACCUCACACACGAGCAGCUCAGCCGAGUGUGGCAGCUUGGCAUGCGUUUGAUCAGGCCUCAUCCCAGCGCCACAAUGGCUUCCCCUUGCUGCAGGCCGAGGGUUCACUGGGUUGAGCAAGCCAGUGACUGUUACUGACAGCCACCGCUUCUUGGGUAAUUGCCUGGAGAGUCUAGCCCAGCGGGAAGUGGUUUAUCCUUGUGCCCACAGGGGUCUAAUUAUUUUGCAAGUGACGAGUGAAGGGUUUAGUUACUGUAAAUGGGAAGUACUAAAUAAGGCAAGCCACAGAAUUUUGGUUUCCCUGUCUUACGCCCUGUCUGGACAAUGAAAAGCAAAAAGCAAAAAGAAAUGCAGUAGAAUUAAACAACAAACCAGGAUAAAAAGCGCAGCACAGAAAGAUAGGGUCGUAUGUGGUAUGUGGUGUGCUCUGGUCAUAGCUGUCAACUUACAGAUUUGAAAAUAAGGGACCAGCAGCCUUGAAAAUAAGGGACCAGCAGCCAAAAUAAGGGACCUGCAGCCUCACCUGUUCCAGGCACUCCAGUCUUCCUGUCCUCCUGCAGUCUGGUCAAACUCGUGCUGGGUAGCUUCGAGAACACUGUCCAACCAACUUUGUAACCAGAGGUUCAACUGAAUAGAAUCUGAAUCACAUGCACCACAAGGCCUAUGCAGCCUCAACUUAAGAUGGCUCCCCCGCCUGGCUUUGCACUGCAAAGUUUGCAGCAGCACGUGCAACAAAAUGGCGUCCAGCAUUCAAGCCCCCCCUCAGCUUGCAUUAACUAGCCACACACAAGGCAUGCAAGCUCCACCCCCCAGUCGUUCUUAGACUUCUUAUUGGGUGAGCAACACAGCCAAGCAACACAGUUGGAACCUCCCUCCUCUCUGGCCGGCAGGGAGGGAGGGAGAGGAGCUGCUUCCUUUGAAAUUUAAGGGACAUCAUUUAAGGGACAUUUAAGGGACAUCCAUCAAUAAGGGACAGCAGCGGGACAUGGCGCUGGAAUAAGGGACACUUGACAGCUAUGGCUCUGGUCCAUGGGGUCACGAAGAGUCGGAUAUGACUAAACAACAACAACAAAUGUGGAAUAGCUCUGUGUGAACAUUCAGUCAUCAGUGCAAGGAUUUCUGCUUGUAAAAUGGAACAUUCUCUUUCCCCCUCCCCUGGACUGUUCUAGGGGUUCUCCCAACCCUCUGGAUCAGGUUUUUGGAGGGGGCAAGGGAGGUGGGGAGGGGACAGAGGGGGCAAAGUCCUGUUGCACAAGUGGAUAUCUUUGUGCUGAUGGGAUAUCACCCAGAACGUAAAAUGCAAAUCAUAAAAGCGGAAUUAAGACAUAAAAGCCAACAAGAAUUAAAAACAGCAAAGAUAAAAAUAGGCUAAUUUGGGAAGGACUGGAAGAAAAGAAAAGUUUGUAAUAAAGGCUGAGAACAUCACAAUGUUGGGGCUUCCUUCGCUUCUAAGGGAAGAGAAUUUCAGAGAACUGGUGCCACAGCACAAACAGCAUGUGCCCAUUUGUCAUGUUUUAUUUUGCUUUCUACUGCUAGUAUUUUUGCUACUACUGCUUUCUUGUUUUAUUUACCAUUUAAUGUUUCAUUGUGUUGAUAGCUUCAAUCCUUGUUAACAACAACAACAACAAUUUUAUUGUUUAUAUCCUGCCCAUCUGACUGGGUUUCCCCAGCCACUCUGGGUGGCUCCCAGCAAAAUAUAAAAAAUAAUAAAAUGUCGGACAUUAAAAACUUCCUUGAACAGGGCUGCCUUCAGAUGUUUUCUAAAAGUUGUGUAAUUCUUUAUCUCCCUGACAUCUGAUGGGAGGGCGUUCCACAGGGAUACUUUGAAGGUGCUCUAACAGAAGAGUGGGAUUAAACUAGUAAGUGAGAGCCUAAUCUUAUUUUCUCUAAUAAUUUUUAGUGGGAGGAAAAAGUGAGAAGUGGAGCAAGCGAGACAACCUGUUUAUCAGACCUGUUGUGCUUUCCAACUCCAUUGGGGAGGUUUUUUUUGUCAGGCUUAGGUGUUCAUCUUGACCCAGGCAUAACAGAGCACAUGUGAAAACCAUUUCCCAGGCAGAAUCUUCUCUUAGAUGCCACCACCCAAGCAUCUCAGUCAUAUACUACAACCAAUCGGGUGCCUUCCAGCUGUUGGGACUACAGCCCCUGCCAGCACAUGCUGGAGGUCACCAGGUUGGCAAAGGCUGACACUGUGUGUGUAUGUGUGUUUAUAUUCAUUCAUUCAUGAAACAGAGCUGCUAGUGGCACUUUUUAAAACUUCCCCCUUUCCUUUCCAGCUGCAGAGGACAGGAUUCUGAAGUCCAGUUGGCAUGGAAAGUCUGGUCGAAGUCCACUUCAGGCUCUUUACCACGGUGAUCAGGUGAGUGAACGCGAAAAGGGAAGGUGGAAGGGCGUGGAGGGAACCGGCAAGAGUUGGGGAGUGCUCAUUGUGUGUCAAAGUCCAGGCAACACACAACGCUUGCUUUGAUGCAACUUCGGUGUUACUAUCUGCAGAGGAAGAUGUGCAUUUCUUCUUCUUUUUUUGUUAGGACAACUUUGCACCCAGACCACAAUUUUUUUGACCCAUUUUAUCCUGCCUCAUUGAUAAUUACAGAAAGGUGGUGGGCAGAGGAGGUAAAUUGCCACUUUGGUGGUUUUGUGUAUCUGGAAAGGGGAUUGAGUUGCUCUCAUGCCCUGGCCACCCUGCUUUCAAAGCAUCCAGCAAGCGAAUCAGGAGCAAGUCCUCCCAAAGGCUAGCUCCACUGUGAGCAUGUUGGCUUUUCCCCCUCUCCAAAUAGUUUGCAGAAGUUAGAAUCAGUGGCAUCAGAUGCUUCUGCUGCAUAGCUCAGGCUCUUGGGCUGUAAGUAUUCUGGGAGGCUUCUGGCAAAUAUAUCUAGAUCUAGAAAAUUGGGUGGAGUUAUUUCUCUCUUAGAGGUUAGACUCAAUUGUCACUCCUGGGGAAUCUAACCUGCCAUCUUUUGCAUGUUAAAAGCAUGUGCUCUACUGCUGCACAAUGACUUUCCCCAAAGGUCCGCAGCUGUCCCUGCUGUUGCUCAGAGAUUUGGUCUAGCAAGAGAUUUAUCCUCAUAGGUUUAUACCCUACAAACAGUGGAUGACUUAAGCAAUCCUAUGUCUGGAUUGUACCACUUUAGGUUGCAGGGGGAGGCAUGCAUGAUUUAACAAUCCCCUACACUUUUUUUUUUAAAGACCUAAUUGCUGGUAACCUUUCCCACUGAUGAGGCAGUUACCUAUUUGUGGUGGGUUUUUUGGUAUGUUUGGAGGAUCAUUAAUGGACAUCGACCCGCACCAGCAGUUUGACAUGGUGCAGUCCAGGUAAAGGUUUUGCCACCUUAUCCGAUGCCCCUGACUGCUUGGCCACAGACUCCAUUUAGCAGUGUGAUUUAUGCUAGGGGACUGAUGCCUGGCAAGGGCGACCUAGGAACAAGGAAGGUAGGAAACUCUCCGCAGUGCAGAUACCACAGGAUACUCCCUGUGUGUGGCUGUUGGAGCUUGCCAGAAUACAUUUUAUUUUCUCCUCGUAACCACCUACUCUUGCCUUCCUUUUGACAAUUAAUUUAAUGGAAACAGGAGAAAAUGAAAGCCAGAUAACUGCUCCCACGGCAGCGACGAUGACUCCCCAGUGAACCCAUAUAGGAAACGGAACGGCUGCUUUUCAGUGUUAUAACGUUUCUGCCUUAAUGUCUCAACUGUGUUUUUAAAGAGGAGUCAUUGCAAGCGCACAACAUUCUAUAACUUUUAAUCCUUGUGUUACACAAAAGCCGCCUGGCCCUUGUGAAACGGGGUGAGUGAAUGGCCCCUGAUGUAGUCAAUAACAAUAGCUUCCUAUCUAAGAUGUGCCCCAGCUCUGGGAGAUGUGAGUUCAAAUCCUGGGUCAGCUUAUGAACAUAAGAGCCCUGCUGAACCAGGCCAAAGGCCUCUCUCUAGUUCAGUAUCCUGAUUCCUGCAGAGGCUGGCCAGCGAGGUCUCUUGGGAAGCCCUCUAGCAGGACCAGGAGCAGCACUAGAAAUAGUCCUCUCCCAGAAACUGGUAUUGGGAAUAAUGCUGCCUCUGUUCCUGGAGUAGCCACUGGUAGUCUUAUUCCCUGUGAGUCUGCUGUCUUUCUUUUCAAGUCACUGUGUCUGAGCAUUGGUCUUACUCCCCACCUUGGAAGUGACCACAAUCAGAUCCAAUUUUGCUAGAUGGCCAAAACAAUAAGGUGUGAUGUGCCGGCUCCACCCAUCUCUCUGUCUGGCAUUAAGAGAGUGGGUUGGGUUGUUUUUUUAAUGUUAUCCCUCUUCCUUUUGAAGAGCGUGAACAAGUCUUAUUUGGCCUGGCAGAUGCCAACGGGUGAGUGAGAAAUUGAGGCAGGCAUGGUAGGUUGAGUAAGCAGGCUCCUGGGCUGUGAUCUAACAGCGCCUGACAGCUGUCAGGAACCCUCAGAAGACAAAAGUGAAGGAAGCAAAAGGUCUACCUACGCGUUGCACAGCCCCUCCUCGGAAGAAAAUGCUGUUGCUACGUAGUGGGAGCCUUACUUGAAAAGGUUUUGUGUUGUGUAGGCCAGAUUGUGAUUUCAGAGCCAUAUGCUUUUUAGUAGAAGCUCCUUGCUUAAAGCUAGGAAUGCUUUUCUGGGCGCAAGACAAAGAAUCUGCUUAAUUGUGUAACAAAAUGCAGAAUGCGCCCUGCGCAAAUGUCCAAGAUUUACCGCACGAACAGAGCUUUGAGCCCUCUGUGGGAUGGCGUAGCUGAUUCCCCCCUCCCCCAGAGAAUAUUUUGCGUACGGGGAUCUUCAAAAGCAGGCCUUUGGCACGACAUCAGAACUUGUGUGACGGUGGAAGGAGCAACCGAAGGAAUAAAUGCAACUGAACCCACAGCUGCAGUUCACGUGCUGAAACGAGAGCUUUCUGUCUUUAAUGAAAUAGGAGGGAGAGAAUCAGGGCAGACUCCUUCAAUAAAUUGAUGUUGCCUUGUGUUUCUUUAAAAAAAAGAGGGGGGGGAGACAACGGUGGGCAUAAGUGUAGAAGAAAGCAAGAGGAACACACAUGCAUACCUUCCAAGUCAUGAAUCCAGUUCCUGAACUUGUUCAGAGUAGCAAGCCCUGGGGCAUCACCAUGACCUUGGAGUGGCCUGACCUGACCCCUUCCUAACAGAUGGCUUGCACAGGAAAGAACCGCAAUAAGGAGCAGGGAGGCUGGGAUGUUUGAAUAGCCCAAGGCAGUCUCUGCUCACGUCAUCCUGUCCCAGAGUUAACUUUGCCCUGCCAAGAGCACUUGGCCAGGCCUUUCAUGAAGGAAGCUUUGAUGCUCCCUUUUCCUUUGCCUUCAGACAGUGAUGACUUGACACACUUUAACAGCACCUUCCUCUUCCUUCUGCAACUCUCUUGUACACACAGCCAGGUUAGAUCCCCCCCUUUCCAAACGCGCCAGCUGGCAUUUUAAACCUUGUGGCAUUUAGUUAUCACCCAAACAAAUUAGCAGAUGUACAGGGAGAGAAUACAAACAAAUGACCCCCCCCCCUUGUGAUUCAGGUUGCUAAAAGCUCUGAAGGGGUCGUAAGGAGCCUCGUAUCAUGUGGGCACAUCUACAUUACAAAGCUAUAUCAGGGUUGUUGUUUUUUUAAAAAAUGGAUGUAUCCCCCACCUGUUAAAAAGCAUGUGUGUGUGUUUCUAUAAACGUAAUUAGACACACACACAGUAAAAAUAUCUACAACAAUAAAAACAUUACAGUGCAUAUAGAUAAAACAGUACAACUGUGAGGAUUUAUAAAAAUGAGUUAGAAUAUGCAGACUUUUAAAAAUAUAGGCUAUACCAGUUGACCUCCCAAAUAAUUCUGGGAAUUGUAGUUAGGUGAGGGUGCUGCACAUUCUUGGUGGCUACAGACUUCUCUAGGGUAUAAAUAUUCUUUAUGUGAAUGCCUUUUUUCAUUGCAGCAACAUAGUUGAGGUAAAGGUAAAGGACCCCCGGAUGGUUAAGUCCAGUCAAAGGUGACUAUGGGGUUGCGGUGCUCAUCUCGCUUUCAGGCUGAAGGAGCCGGCAUUUGUCCACAGACAGCUUUCCAGGUCAUGUGGUCAGCAUGACUAAACUGCUUCUGGUGCAGCGGAACACUGUGACAGAAGCCAGAGCACAUGGAAAUGCCGUUUACCUUCCCACCGCAGCUUCACCUAUUUAUCUACUUGCACAGGUGUGCUUUCAAACUGCUAGGUGGGGAGAAGCUAGGACAGAGCAACGGGAGCUCACCCUGUCACAAGGAUUUGAACCACUGACCUUCCAAUCAGCAAGCCCAAGAGGCUCAGUGGUAUAGACCACAGCACCACCAUAGUUGAACCCCACCCCUAGAAUUGUAGAGUUGGCAGAAACCCUGAGGAUCAUCUAGUCCAAUGCCCUGCAAUGCAGGAAUAAACUGUCCCUCCUUCCUCCUCUUACUCUUUUGCCAACUCUGUUGCCAGCCAGAGAAGAGGUAGGUGCAGGGUUUUUUUGAAGGGAAGUUGUCCCAGUAGCAGGUGAUCUCCUGACAACUGCCUUAGAAAGGCCUCCAGAUUCUUUAUCUUCUUGACACGUAGGUGUUUGUGGCCCUGAGCAGAGAAAAGGUUGGGAUCUGACCAAAUGCACUUUACCAGCCAAGUGUACAGUGACUCUUUCCACCUCCCCCCUUCUGUCUCCUCAGUUUGAGCAGUCCUCCCUGCAGGCGACGCACCAGCGCAGGCGGGACCUGCUGAAGAAGGUGUGCAACCGUUACACGCGCAAGCGGCGCCUCCUCACUCCUGACGACUUGCGCCACCUGGUGGUUGACGAUGUUCACGGGCUGCUGUACUGCUACGUCCCCAAGGUGGCUUGCACUAACUGGAAACGGGUCAUGAUGGUCUUGACCGGGCAGGGCAAGUACCAGGACCCGUUGGAAAUCCCAGCCAACGAGGCGCACGUGGCUUCCAACCUGCACACUCUCUCUGAGUACAGCAUCCCCGAAAUCAACUACCGCCUGCGCAACUACCUCAAGUUCAUCUUUGUGCGGGAGCCUCUGGAGCGGCUGGUCUCUGCCUACCGCAACAAGUUCACCCGCAGCUACAACACAGCUUUCCACAAGCGCUACGGGACCAAGAUAAUCCGGCGGCAUCGCCAGGACCCCAGCGACGAGGCCCUGGAGCACGGCCAUGACGUGCGCUUCGAGGAGUUUGUGUACUACUUGCUGGAUCCGCAGACUCAGCGCGAAGAGCCUUUCAAUGAGCACUGGGAGCGAGUGCACUCCCUCUGCCACCCCUGUAUCAUCCACUACGACGUGGUAGGCAAGUACGAGACAUUGGCCAAGGACUCCAAUUACAUCCUGCGACUGGUUGGGGCUGACGCAGGCGUCAAGUUCCCCUCCUCCUCCAAGACCACCAGGACCAACGACGACAUGACGGCUAAGUUCUUCCAGAACAUCAGCCCCUUUUACCAAAGGAGGUUAUUUAAUUUAUACAAAAUGGAUUACUUGCUCUUCAACUACUCCAUCCCGACUUACUUGCGCACCCGAUGAGGUGGUGACCAAGCAGCCGGGCCUCCCUUUGCCUUUCCUGGUUUCUGCUGUCAGCCAGUGAACAUAAGAUAGGAGAUAACCUUUCCCCUCUUGUUGUGAUGGUCAAUCCAUUGGGAUUCCAGUUUGUCAAAACUGUAGCCACUGUUCCUGUCUCCUCCUUUCCCUUAUUUCAGUUAAAGAAAUCUACUGUUGUUUGAUUAUCCUUCCUCAGCCAAAGAGAAUUUUUCCAGGAGAACACAGGAAUUGUGGCCUUUUUUUUUUUUGGUAAGGAGAUUGGAGAAUCAACCUGGAGCAAUCAGAGAAGCAAUAAAACAUGAUAUGCAUUUUAUGUGUUGUUUAAUAUUCCCCCAAAGCCUCUCUCUCUCUCCUCGUAGAUUGAAGAAGCAGGGGGUGUGAGCCAAAAGUGUCUUAUUGUGAACAAUGUCUUAGUGUGAACUAGAAUUUUUCUGUGAGACAAAGCCUUAUUUCAUGUCCCCUCCUCGCUCUUUCUCUCUCAACCAGUGUUGGAUAUGACUGAGCACUUACUGCACACAAAGCCCACCAAGUUAUACUCCCAAGCAAAUUCCAUUUAUAUGAAUAGACAUUGCACUGGGGCAGUGCUGCUUAAUAGAUUGUCCAUUGGAGUAGGGCGGGGUGUGCACACAUAUUUACAUAUAUGAAUGGCCUGAACCAAAGCAGAAAUGAAUGCCUUUCUUCAAUCCUUAAAAAAAAAAAAAAACAAUGUCAACAUGCAGUCAUUGCAUGAAGGAAUUGCUGUGGCUUUCUCUCUUUAUGUGCAUAACUCCGGAGUAGCCAACGUGAUACCUUCUAUAUAUUGAGGACGACAACUCCCAUCAGCCCCAACCAGCAUGGCCAACAGCCAAGGAUGAUGGGAAUUGCAGUCCAAAACAUCUGACAGGCACCAGAUAGGCUACCCUUGGUCUAGCUCACCAUGGGCCUAACCAAUUUAAGCUCCAGAAACAGGUUCUUUAAUCUGUGAAAAAUGGGUGGAGAUGGAGACAGAGUUGGGAACACCCUUGGGAUUAGAAGGCUAGCAAUGUUUCGUUUUACCAGUCUGAGGGAAAAUGUACCUUGAAUUAGAAUUGAGCUUUUUGAUCUGGUUCACACAACCCAGUAAGCCAAACUAUGGCUUAUGGGGGACCACAUAGGGAUCUGGGUUCCCAGAGAGGAGCUUGCCACUGCUUUGUUCUCCCACCUUCGGUCAUUUUUGCUCCUGCAUUUAGCUAAGCCAAGGUGCCGUCUGGACCAGAGCUUGUACCUAAGUGAUGUCUCACUCACUAUGAGUUGUAACCGAGAACAAGCCUUUGAUUUCGCAUGUUGUGUGAACCAGGCCUUUGUGCCCCACACAGUUUACUGUCCCACCAGGUCUGGCUCCAUAGGAGGGAUCCUGCCCACCCCACGGACCUCUCUUGGCAAGUGGAGCAUGUAGAACAUACCUUGUAGGACUUAGUCAGUUUCCUGCCCUUGCAGCUAUCCAUCUUUCUCUCAUGCGAUUUCCAGAGGAGGGAGAUAAUGUCCCUGGGAAGAUGGUUGCCAUCUUCUCUCUAGGAAAGCCUGCAUCCUCUUGACCAAGCAUUAUUCUUAGGAGGGAAAGAAGUGUAUAUUUUUAGCAGUGGCCUUCACCUCAGAGCUAGCCACUCUCUAAGCCUGAAACAAAGGAGAGGGUGUAGGGCUGUAACUCUGAGGUGAGGCGGGCAGCAUUCUGUAUUUAGCUGCUGAGCUGUGGGCUGCUAAUUGCAGCUCCAGAAUAAAUACAAUCCCUGUGCCCUGUAAAUUAGAGGUGUCUGGAAUGUUCAGAGCAAAAGCUGGACUGGAAGUGGGAAAUAAAAAUCCCCCUUCCCUUCCAAACCCCCAACCAUGCUUUUAAAAAUGUUGCUUAUAGUUCUUCACAACCCUAUUGUUCCACCCUCUCUUGCGCCUUCAGUGCCAUUGUUUUCCUGCUUUCCCAGCCCCAAUAUGGGGAUCACAUUAUUGACCCCUAUGAGGUCACAAUGCCAUAUAACCAAGUGACAUCAUGGCACAUACUUGGAGUGGGAGCUGUGCUUCUUUUGCUGACCCUGAGAGAGGGCAACUGCUUUCUCCUUUGUUUCCAGCCCUCCCAGGAAAUUCAAACAGAAGAGGAGUGCUUUCCCUAAGGGAAACACUUUUACAAAAGGCGCUUACCCUUCAUGCCAACCUCACUACAUAUAUUUAUUUAUUGCCUUAUUAGGGUAAUGUCUCGACUGUUUUUCCCCAUAGAAUAGGCAUGGGCAAUCUGUGUCCCUCCAGAUGAUGUUGGGACUCCCAUCAGCCCAAACCAGCAUAGCCAAUGGUCAGGAAUAAUGGGAACUGUAGUCCAAUGAUAUCUGGAGGAUCACAGGUUUUCAUGCAUGGCCUAGGACAAGAGUGUAACAAAGUGUGUGUGUGUGUGUGUCCCCAUGUUUGUGUCCUUUAAUUGGAAGAGGGGAUUUCUCCUCCCAAGUGGUCCAUCUCUGCUUGGCACUUCCCUCAGCUCCUUUCUUUAUUCUCGUACCUCUGAUUCAUACUCCACACAUUCAAAAGCAUUUUUAAACCUCCCAACUCUUGUACAGACAAAAUGAAAGGGCUGAAUGCUGAAACUUGGAGCCUCCCCUGUCUUUGGGGAAUAUGAGGCUCCAUCAUUUGUGUUUUUGCAAGUUGUGCCUCAGCUGGGCGAAGGUGCCAUUCUGAGUGAAGGGAUGGUGGAUUUGGAAAGAGUUGGCGCCCUUAAAAUUCUCCUUAUCAGCUGGAUUUGGUUCAGGAAGAGUUUGGACAGAGAGCAGUGUUCAUUGAUUAGGGGUGCCCUGCUCUGUACAAAUCCUACACCCAGGAAGACUUGCCUUACAUUAAGAUUGGAUUAUAUUAAGACUGAAUGCACCAUUUGCCAUAGACUGGUUUGCAUAUUGAUCAUUGCUUCCCCCCCCCCCAAAAAAAGCUGCCUUCGUUUCAUGGGCCAAGUCAAUCCUCCAGCAUAUCCAUUUUUAUUUUGCUGCAAAGCACUUUGAAAUCCCAAAGAACUUGAAUGCACUCUAGAAGUGGGAAGGUGGAAAACCUUAUUCAGUGAUGACAUGGGUUUUGGAGGGGAAGAACAUGUUUGGAGUGGUAGACAUAUUGCCUAGAUAUGGACAUGAGAGAGAGAGAGAGAGAGAGAGAGAGAGAGAGAGAGAGAAAUUUCACUUGUAAGCCAUGGUCAGUCUGCCUAGCUUUGGAGCAUUUGUACUUGAAGAGACAAUCAUUUCAGUCCAAAUGGACAGUUUUGCUUCAAUAAAGCAGCAUUUUUGUCUCUACC